AUUGGAACUAAACAGGAAAAAUUUUAUUGGCACUAAACUACCCUUUUGGAGUUCAGCAGUAAACCAGGAAUCUCUGAAAAUCAAGGUAAUGACACACUUUAGAAAAGAAAGAGUUGGCUAUUUGGUUGUUUGUUCCAGCUUACCUAUUGUUAGUUCUACAUAAUGUCUGGAUUAGUGAUAUUUAUGCAGUAUCAGGAGGCACUACCACUCUAAAAUGAGUUAAGUUUAUACUAUCCCUGAGGAAGUCAUACCUUGACAAAACGCGUUGGAUUCAUAUAGACUUUUACUUCCAGGUUUAUUCAUGUUUUAUUAUUAUAUACCACUUUGCUGGAUCCCACUACCACUCCACUUUGCACAGAUGAACACACCACCUUGUUCCACUUGCUAGUGGAGAUAUGCUAGCUGAUUACAGCAUUGAUGUAAGUGCAAUAAAUGUUGUUACCUUUUAACAGUACUACCCUAUCUGCUAUUUUUUUUCUUAUUUCCCCCUCGAGGAUUUAUCUUACAAGAAGGAUUCUAUCACCUUCUACAUACCCCAGAGGGGAGAUAGGCGCAGAACACUAUAGUUUUUUGUAAGUGCUGAAUUUAGUCACCCUACUUUGUAUACUUCACUAUUUAUGAUUUUAUAUUUCUAGAUCUCCGAUAGAUCACCUCCUGUUGUACAGGUUGUAUCCUCUAUAUCUGGUGUGCUAUCCCAUUCCUAGUUUAUACUUCACUUUGGGGCUGUAUAAAUCGUUUUGUAUUUGUUGUUUAUCUAUACGUGUAAGUGAGGUACACUUUGGUGAUAGCACGGUCUGUUUUGGUGUUACAAUAUAGUACAUACUCUGUGUAAGUUAAUACUAUUGUCACCACUAAUUCUAUUCUAGCCAUCGUUGAGAAAAAAAAUCAUUUGUUGAUUUUUGGAAAACCUGAGAGAGUGCAAAUCCUUUUCUUUGAGGAAUAUAUAUUUGCCUAGAUUAGGUGUUUUUUAAAGAAACAAAUAAAAUCUUUCAACAUUGAAGUUGCUGUUUAGUGGAUAGGUGAGUGCGCCGGAUCUUGUGUAAAUUAUAUAUAUAUAUAUAUAUAUAUAUAUAUAUAUAUAUAGUAAUUCAUCAUACAGAUGGCUAUGUACAUGCAAUGAGAUCCCAUGAUGACGGAGAGAAUCAAUUUUCAUUCCAUAGAAUAUGAGAAGUCUUAUUAGGGGAGUAUUCACAGCAAGAUUGCAGAUCUGGUCUGACACUGGAUACUCACUGUAAGUGCUUUCGUUUCAAUGCGCUCAUCUGGAAGAGUAUGCAUUCCUCUGCAUGGAGCUGGGCACGCACAGCAUGGAUGGGCUCCUCAACAUCUUCAGGAUGAAGAUCUAUGUUUAUCCAGCUUGAGGGGCCAUGUCACAUGGGAAUUAAAUUCCUUUCCCUAUGUAGAAUAAUAGCUAGCUUUAUAAGUACAGUAGGUCACAACAUGCAUUUACAUCUAUUUAUAAAUAAGAGAAAUUAUACAGAACCCCACCCUACAAACAAACAAUUUCUACAUGUAUCCCCACUACUCCAGUAUUUCAAUGCUGACACCAUAUUAAAACCCACAUGAAAACUGUGCAUGCUGCUUUUUAUCUUAUAGGUGUAUUGUCAAUUUAUUGAUCAGGUGUAUUGUCAAUUUAUUGAUCAGGUGUAUUGUCAAUUUAUUGAUCAGAUGUAAUGCUAGCCUUGGGAUUCAUAUGGAAAAAUAAUACACAUAAAUGAUUUCCUAAAACGUGAAAUUAUCAGGGAAUCGUGGUAUUUAAAGUGUCAGGUCAAAAUGAAUAAAUAAAUAAAUAUGGAUCAAAAUCAGAAACAGUUUGCCAGUUAAGUUAUUUUACACUUUAAUGUACAAUUCCCUGGUGAAUUCCAUAAUAUUAAAAUCUAAGCAAUCCUUUGUGAUUUUAGAAAAAAUAAUAUUAUAUAUAUAUAUAUAUAUAUAUAUAUAUAAAAAAUAUAUUUUCCCAUAAGCAAAAAACACAUUAAAAUAUUCUACAUUCACAAUAUAAAAUAUGUAUAUUAUUUCCCCACUCCCAUACAUAAAGACACAUUAUAUAUUGAUUGAAGUGUUCUAAAAUCACAAUAUCUCAAAUAAAUACAUAUGUAUAUAUUAUUAAUUUUUUUGCAUGCACCCAUAGAACACAUACACAUUCUGACUUGCUACUCUUUCUAUGUAAUAAAUCUUUAGAUACAUUGAAUCACUCACCUCCUGGUCAGUAUGCAUUUGAUUGAUCCCUUGAAAUAAUUCAGUAGUUUUAUACUGCAUUGCAUUAAACCAGAAAGUUUCCAAAUAAAACAGACUGUAUUAAAAAGACUGUAAGUUGCAGCUGGAGCAGCCCUGCCCACAACACCUGCCACCCCGAGCAACUUCAUCCGCCCUUUUGACUCUCCACCUUGGAAACCAAUCAAAACGUGCCUUCCAGCAGAACGUUCCCGCCUCCAGGAAGUAACUCUCCAAUCAAAUCACGACUGGGCGUUUGACACCCACAAACGCCACGCCCACUCUGAUGGUUGGGGUGCGGCGCGUUCAUUUCUGCACGUCUUACUUUACAGAUCAUACCAAGUGUCACCCACACCGCAGGAGACAUCUUAUUAACUUCCAAUAUAGUAAAAGUCACAUAUCGGCUCUUUCAAACACAAUUUACAAGCAGAGAUUAUUUUAACAGAUGCGUCAAUUAUAUCGGUUAAUCUAGAACGUGUAGGAGUGCAGGGCGGGUAAUGAGUGUAAAUAGGAAAGUUGUACCCCCCCAAGCGAUCAGUGGUAGAGUCGGAGCCUGUGGUGAGAAAUGUUUUGCCAUGAGUCCUGUGUCAAUGCGCACGUACCCCAGGAGCUGAGUGACGUAGGGGGGCGGGAAUUUAAAGUAAAAGGCGUGGCUAUAGAGCGCGCGAAAAUGAGAAGGAAAUAAAAAAAAAAAAUCAUAGAAUCCUCUCAGAGGGUAGAUAACAUUUAAAGAGACACUCCACUGCCCAAAUACAAAAUAAAUAAAAAAAUCACUGUUUAACCCCUUAAGGACACAGCUUCAGAAGCUUGACUUACGCUUAAUGACACAAGCAAUUUUUGCAUUUUCUUGCUGUUUGCGUUCAACUGCAAUUUGCAUCUCUCUCAUUUAUUGCACCGACACAUAUUAUAUACUGUUUUUUAAAGGACAGAAAGGGCUUUAAUUUGAUAUAACAUAUAUAUAUAUAUAUAUAAAUGCUUACUUAUUAUAAAAAAAAAAUACAGAAAAAUGCAAAAAAAAUGAAAAAUAUUGUUUUUUUUUACAGUUUUUGCAAUAAUAAUGUGUGCAUAAUUAGUGCAGGUUAAGGAAAGUAAUUAAAAAUAAAUUUAUUUAUUUGUUCUGAUUUACAGAAUAUAUAAUGUGUCUGGGAUUUUAAGUUUUUUUUGGUAGUUACAGGUCACAAAGCACAAGGAGUAAAAUAAAUUUUUAAUGUGGAGCGAUUUUAGAAUUUGGUAUGUUUGUCUUGUAAGCUUAAUAGCCAUAAAAGAAAACAAAAUUGCCACACAAAAGUAUAUAUUUAUAUAAAGUAGACAUCACGGGCUAUUUACCUAAGGUUGUUUUGACACUUUCUACGUAGCCAUAUUACCGCCAACCUCUGCUAAAUAUUGGAGUAAAAUUGUGUUCUUUUUGGUUUUUGGCACACAAACUUAUAACAAAGAAAUUCUUGUGUAUAUUUUGUAAAGUUGGUGUGUGCUAUUCCUGUACAAAGUUUUAUUUUGUGUUCAGUUACAUCUGCUGAGUAAAAUGACACCCCCAUUGUAUGUCUUUUGCACUAUUUCGUGAAGUUACAGUGCCAUACAGGAUACCUGUCUUUUUCAGUAUUCACAGUAGAAUGUUGAGAGAUGAAUUUAAUGAGCCUUAGCUUCCAUUUGGGGUAUUAUAACAGUUUGACUGUUCAAAAAACCCCACAAAGGCCUACCAUUUGUAAAAGUAGACACUCCAGGGUAUCUUAUAAGGUGCAUAUUGUGCCUUAACAUGCCCCCAUUUUUUCACCAAUAUAUGCCAAAGUAUGUGGUAAAAAAAAAUUUUGUGCAUUUUUUACAUACGGAUUGCAUUUUUGCUGGGCGUUUUGUAUAUUUCAUAUGUGCCACUAAGUUCAAACCCCCAAAUUAUGCUCAGCUAAGUCUUCUGAGUAAAAUGACACCCCAUAUGAAUGUCUUUGGCACUAUUUCGUGAAGCUACAGUGCCAUAUAGGAGACCUGUCCUUUUCAGUAUUCACAGUAGAAUUUUGAGAGACGGAUUUAAUGAGCCUUAGCUUCCAUUUGGGGUAUUAUAACAGUUUGACUGUUCAAAAAAACCCCACAAAGGCCUACCAUUUGUAAAAGUAGACACUCCAGGGUAUCUCAUAAGGUGCAUAUUGUGCCUUGACAUACCCCCAUUUUUUCACCAAUAUAUGCCAAAGUAUGUGGUAAAAAAAUUAUUUUGUGCAUUUUUUACAUACGGAUUGCAUUUUUGCUGGGCGUUUUGUAUAUUUCAUAUGUGCCACUAAGUUCAAACCUCCCAAAUUAUGCUCAGCUAAGUCUUUGGAGUAAAAAUACACCCCCAAUGAAUGUCUUUGUCACUAUUUUGUGAAGCUACAGUGCCAUAUAGGAGACCAAGCCAUAUCCGUUUUUACCAAACUUUGAAUUUUGACGCUGGCCUAUGUGCAAUUUCCAAGCAUCUUCGCAGGUUUUAAAUUCAAACUACCCCACAAAGGCCUACCAUUUCUUAAAGUAGACACCCCAGGGUGUUUCAAAAGGUAUAGUUUGAACCUUAGCGUGGGAUCAUUUUUCCGCUAGCUUGUACCAGAUGUAGUGGUAAUAAGCGUUUUUUCUGCCUUUUUGACAUACAAAGUGAGUUUGCACAGUAUAUUUUGCAAACCUUAUGUGUGCUACGACUGUAUAAUACUUCAUAUGUUGCUCAGCUAUGUCGGUUGAGUACAGCAAUACCCCCGUAUGUACCUUUGCCAGGUAUGUGUGGACAUCAGAGGGGCACAUUUGGGACACAGCCAUUCCAGUUUUUUUCAAACUUUGAAUUUUUAUGCUGUGCCUAUGUCCCAUUUUAGAGUAUUUUACCAGGCUAUAUAAUCCAAAUUCCCCAUAAAGCCAUACCAUUUCUUAAAGAAGACAUCCCAGGGUAUUUCAAAAGGCAUAUUUUGAACCUUAGUGUGGGAUCAUUUUUCCGCUAGCUUGUACCAAGUGUAGUGGUAAUAAGCAUUUUUUCUGCCUUUUUGACAUACAAAGUGAGUUUGCGCAGCAUAUUUUGCAAACCUUAUGUGUACUAUGACUGUAUAAUACUUCAUAUGUUGCUCAGCUAUGUCGGCUGAGUACAGCAAUACCCCCGUAUGUACCUUUGCCAGGUAUAUGUGGAUGUUGAAGGGGCGCAUUUGAGACGCAGCCAUUUUGAAACUUUGAAGUUUUACGCUGUGUCCAUGUUCCAAUUUGGAAUAGUUUAGACGGUUGGUUAUUGAAACUUCCCCACAAAUACAUACUAUUUAUUAAAGAAUACACCCUGGGGUAAUUCAAAAGGCAUAUUUUGAACCUUGGCGUGGGAUACUUUUUUCUCUAGUUUGUUCCAGGUGUAGUGGUAAUGAGCGUUUUUAAAAUGUAUUUUUUUACUUUUUAUAACUUUUUUACUUUUAAAAACUAGUUUUUAAACUUUUGUUUUGCUUAUAAAUUUUUUUUAAACUUUCCUAAACUUUCUUAAAACUUUUUUACAGAUUUAACAUUUUUCUAAGCUAUUUUUUUUACUGUUAACCCCUAACUAGCAGUACGCAGCACUAACAGUAAAUUCCCCAUUUUCCCAUAACUCCCACCCACCCCAGCUAGCAAAAUAUAUAGUUAUAAAAUAUUUAAAUUAAUUAAUUAAAUAAAUUGAACCCCUGAGGGUUAAAAAAUAAAUAAAAGUUAAUCCUCAGGGGUUAAAAAAAAUUAGAUCACAGUAUAAUACUGUGAUCUCUAUUUGAUCGCUGUAGGCAGUGAUCGACUGGCAGGGAAGGGGUUAAUUUUUAUUUGGACUAGGUAAAGUGUGUUUUUUUGUUUUUAUUACUUAAAUGUUAUUAAAACAUUUUUUAAGCUUAAUUUUUAACUUUUUAAAGUUUCUUUUAAAACUUUUUUUAACGUUAACCCCUAGUUAGCCUAACGUCAAAUCCCCCAAUUCCCCACUAACUUCCACCUACCCCAGCUAUCUAAAUAUAUAAUUUAAAAAUAAUUUAAUUAAUUAAUUUAAUUAAUUUAACCCCUGAGGGUUAAAAAAAAAAGAAUUAACCCUCAGGGGUUAAAAAAAAAAAAUCAGAUCAUAGUAAAAUGUAAUCCCUGCCAAUUGAUCACUGUAGUCAGUGAUCAAUUGGCAGGGAAGGGGUUAAUUUUUUUAUUAAAAUGGGUAAGGGGGGGGACACUUUAAAUAAACUUUAUUUUUUUUAACAGCAGGGGGCAGGAUCAGCACUGAUCCGGCUCCCUGCACUUCACACAGAACCCGGAAGUGCAGGGAGCCGGUAGGUGAGUAUACAGAGCACAUGUGCUCGCUCCGACUUGUGGUCAGAGCGAGCACAUGUGCUGGGCAGCUUGACCGGGUGCUCCCGGUAUGCCUCUAAUGCAGAGGCAUACCGGGAGCACCAUUAACCCCGCGAUCGCCGCGAUAGCGGCGAUCCAGGGUUAAUUUUACCGCGUGACGGACGAGGUCCGUCACCCGUCGUUAAGGGUCUCCCCUGCGUGACGGACCUCGUCCGUCACCCGUCCUGAAGGGGUUAAUAGAUAGAGCUCAAAUAAUUUAAAUUUUGCAUGUUUUACUGGAGUUAUAUUUAAAAACAGCUUGUAAAAACGGCAGAUCUCUUUUCUGUUGCCUUUGCGUGCCCUCCCCUUCUAACUCCGCCCAGACUUUCUGUGCCUGUCCAAUCACAGACUUACCAAUGCAACUCAAUGAGAAGUCUUUGUAAGGCAGAUGGUCUUGCUGCCUCCACUGAGCUAACCAACGAGGAAGUAAUUGGAUCUGUUGUCUGCUUGAGAGCCAGGGGUUGUAUCCAGGUUAAUAAAUAAAAGUUUAAAUUUCGAUUAAAAUCUCCACUAUUUCUAAAAAAAAAAAUAAGACACAGUCUUCACACAUAAAGCUUUUUUUUUUUUAGCAAGCUUUAGGGGUCUGGAAUGUUUUGUAUCCUAAUGCAUGCACGAGAGUACAGCACUGACGUGGACGCCUGGCAGAUGGAAGAGGAGUCCAUGGAUGAUAUGGCAGUGGCCGCUUUAAAGGACCACUAUAGGCACCCAGACCACAGCUUAAUGAAGUGGUCUGGGUGCCAGGUCCAGCUAGGUUUAACCCUUUUUUUCUAUAACCAUAGCAGCUUCAGAGAAACUGCUAUGUUUAUAAAUGGGUUAAUCCAGCCUCUAGUGUCUCGUUGACAGCUGCUAGAGGGCUUCCGCGCUCCUCACUGUGAUUUUCACAGUGAGAAGACGCCAGCGUCUAUAGUGAAUGCUUUCCUAUGGACUGGCUGAGUGCGCACUCAGCCAAGGAGGCGGAGAGGAGUAGUUAACCCCUUCCUCUGCAUCCAGCCUGGCGGGAGGGGGACACUGAGGGUAGGGGCACCCUCAGGGCACUAUAGUGCCAGGAAAAUGAGUAUGUUUUCCUGGCACUAUAGUGGUCCUUUAAGAUUCUAUCUGUAUGGAAAGUUUCAGCAGUGAUAAGGCUGCUUUAGGUUUGCUGUUCACAGAUUUCUCCAGUUAUUAAGUCAUUGUAAAUACUUUCAUUUGACUCUCUAAGAAAUAUAUGAGGAGACAAAGGUAUGGCAUGGUAUAGUUUGUAUAAAAACUAUAUUCAUCACAAAGUGAACUGACUGUCAGUCUUCCCUGACUGGCCCUACUUAGAGGAAACAAGACUUGUGCAUUAGGUUUCAAACAAAUUGCGAUUCAUCUUAAAGGUACUCUAUAGUCACCAUGACAACUAUAGCUUAAAGUAGUUGUUGUGUUGUCUAUAGUAUGUCCCUGCAGCCAUUUUAAUGUAAACACAGCCUUUUCAUAGAAAAGGCAGAGUUUACAUUACUGCCUAGUAACACCUCCAGUGGCAGUCAUUCAAAAGGGCACUAGAGGUGCUUCCUGGGUUAGUGCUGCACAAUGCGCAGUAUGGUCGUACAGUAUCUCCACGCUCAGCAUGGGCGCUGAGUGUCCCUCAUACAGAUGCAUGGAUUCAAUGCAUCUUUAUGAGGGGAUACUGAUUGGCGCAGAGCGGUGUUUUGACGUGCGUGUGCAUUAGCCUCCCAAUGCUUUCUUAUUGGAAAGCACAGGAUUGUCAAUUCUGAUGAUCUUAGCUGGAAUAAAGUGAGUUUUAACCCCCUUUUUAAAGGGAAGCAAAAGGGGAGACGGCCACUUAAAUGGUGUUUUUAACACUAUAGGGUUAGGAAUAUAUGUGUUUGUAUUCCUGACCCUAUAGUGUUUCUUUAAUUUUGGACAGAGAUUAAUCCAAAAUCCCUAAUUGAAUCACCAUAUGGAUGAAUCACAAAACACAGCAAUAGACAUAUAUAUUUUGCAGUACACUAAUAGGUGCAUUUUCAUGCCAUUUUGGCAUGUCUGAAUUAUUUUUCCCCGAACAAUCACAUUUGACUAAAUUGCCACAUGGACAAAACCAUGUCACCCAAAACUUUGUUUCAGAAUAAUCAAUUUGCAUAAACUUAUUUUUUUUCACCAUACAGGGCAAAACAUGUACAGAGUGCUACUUGUCUAAUACACAUGUUGCAGCUGGUGUGGACAAUUCCUUGGAGUCAACAGAUGCAAGACACCAGGGAACUGGCUCUAAUGCAGAGAGGGCACUGGUGCAAGCACAUAUUUAGGGCCCCCUUGCAGGGCCAGAUUAACAUAGGGGCUAUGGAGCAGCAGCUCCAGGCCCAUGCCUAUAGAAUAGGCCCAUUGAUUAAAGGACCACUCUAGGCACCCAGACCACUUCAGCUUAAUGAAGUGGUCUGGGUGCCAGGUCCAGCUAGGAUUAACCAAUUUUUUCAUAAACAUAGCAGUUUCAGAGAAACUGCUAUGUUUAUCAAUGGGUUAAGCCUUCCCCCAUUCCCUCUAGCGGCUGUCUCAUUGACAGCCACUAGAGGCGCUUGCAUGUUUCUCACUGUGAUUUUCACAGUUAGAGCACGCCAGCGUCCAUAGGAAAGCAUUAUGAAUGCUUUCCUAUGUGACUGGCUGAAUGCGCACGCAGCUCUUGCCGCGCGUGCGCAUUCAUCCGACGGGGCGGAUCGGAGGAGGAGAGGAGGCAGAGAGCUCUCCGCCCAGCGCUGGAAAAAGGUAAGUUUAACCCCUUUUCCCCUUUCCAGAGCCAGGCGGGAGGUGGACCCUGAGGGUGGGGGCACCCUCAGGGCACUAUAGUGCCAGGAAAACGAGUAUGUUUUCCUGGCACUAUAGUGGUCCUUUAACAACAACAAAACAUUUUUUAUUUUUUUUUACUACUCUUAACUUAAGAGGUAUGUAGGGGAACAAAAAUGGUGUGGGCUGGCUGACAAUGAAAUUAGUUAAGAUACUGAGUGUAGUGGUGUUGUGGAGACAGGCUCAGGCACCAAGUGUAGUGGUGUUGUAGAGACAAGCUCAGGCACCGAGUGUAGUGGUGUUGUGGAGACAGGCUCAGGCACCAAACAGGGCCAGAUUAAGAGCCCAGUGGGCCUGGUGCUGACAAUUACGAUGGGGCCUAAUUACAGAAUCUUAUCGACCAAAACCACUAAAACAGUCAUACCUCUCAAGCGUCAUGUAUCUGAUGGUGUUGGUGGGAAACUCAAAGGAUGCAGCUAUAAGAAAACACAUACUCUAUGCUAAUCUCUCUCUAAUUCAUGCUUUAAUCUUUCACGUAAAUCCAUACCCCCUAACAGCAGUGUCCAGGGAAGCAGGAAGUCAAUGGGCGGGGUGAAAGGGUGGGCCACUGACGCGAAUCAUGUGACCAGAAGGGGGCAUGUCUGUCCAAAGAAUUGGAAGGCCAGCCUGGCAUCAGUGUCCAUAUAUAUCACAGUGUCAGUGUCCCUAUGUCGCCCAGUCUCCUAGUCUCUCAGUGUCUGUGUCCCCAUUUCUCCCAGUGUCCCCAUGUCUCAGUGUGUCCUGUGUCACUAGGAUACUAGGGGACACAGUGAGACAUGGGGACAGUGAGACACAUGGGGGCACUGAGACACUUGGGGACACUGGGAGAAAUGGAGUCAGACACUAGGGACACUGAUAUAUGGGGACACAGACACUAGAGACAUGGGGACACAGACAUUUGGUGAAACUAAGAGACAUGGAAACACAGACACUGGGAGACUAGGGGACAGAGACACUAGGGACACUGGCUGGGAGGCACGGGGAGACAUGGGAGCACUUGUGGACAUAGACAUGGGGACACUGAGACAUUUGGUGACACUGGGAGACAUGGGGACACAGAUACUGGGAGACAUGGGGACACUAAGACACUGGCUGAUAGACAUGUGGACACAGAGACAUGGGGACACACACUGGGACACUGUCUGGGAGACAUAGGAUACUGUGUCCCUAGUGUCUCCGUUUCCCCAUGUGUCUCAGUGUCCCCAUGUUUGACAGUGUCUUCCAGUGUCCCCUAGUGUCUCAGUGUCCCCAGGUGUCUCCGUGUCCCCAUGUCUCCCCGCAGCCUUUCUCCCCCUCCUUCACAUACCUGAGCUGUAGUCUGUCUCUGCAGGCUGGGAGCUGCUGUCUGGACUCUCUGUGCUGUGUUGCUGCUCCCCCGCGGAUCAGUGAGUAGAGAGAGGCAGGUGGAUGCUGGAAUUUCCUAUCCCUUCCUCUCUCCAUACACAGUGACCCCUACUGGCCAGUGGUGGUAUUGCAGAGUAAUCUCUGUUUUUACAGAGAAAAAUAUAUGCAUUUGUAUUGCUGGUAUUACUGCAAUACCGUCACGGCCAGGCAGCCUCAAAUGCCCUUUUUUAACCCCUUCAGGACGGGUGACGGACGAGGUCCGUCACACAGGGGAGACCCUUAACGACGGGUGACGGACCUCGUCCGUCACGCGGUAAAAUUAACCCCGGAUCGCCGCUAUCGCGGCGAUCGCGGGGUUAAUGGUGCUCCCGGUAUGCCUCUGCAUUGGAGGCAUACCGGGAGCACCCGUGCAGGCGAGCACAUGUGCUCUGAUACUUACCUACCGGCUCCCUGCACUUCCGGGUUCUGUGUGAAGUGCAGGGAGCCGGAUCAGUGCUGAUCCUGCCCCCUGCUGUAAAAAAAAAUAAAGUUAAUUUAAAGUGUCCCCCCCCCUUACCCAUUUUAAUAAAAAAUUAACCCCUUCCCUGCCAAUUGAUCACUGACUACAGUGAUCAAUUGGCAGGGAUUACAUUUUACUAUGAUCUGAUUUUUUUUUUUAACCCCUGAGGGUUAAUUCUUUUUUUUUUAACCCUCAGGGGUUAAAUUAAUUAAAUUAAUUAAUUAAAUUAUUUUUAAAUUAUAUAUUUAGAUAGCUGGGGUAGGUGGAAGUUAGUGGGGAAUUGGGGGAUUUGGCGUUAGGCUAACUAGGGGUUAACGUUAAAAAAAAGUUUUAAAAGAAACUUUAAAAAGUUAAAAAUUAAGCUUAAAAAAUGUUUUAAUAACAUUUAAGUAAUAAAAACAAAAAAACACACUUUACCUAGUCCAAAUAAAAAUUAACCCCUUCCCUGCCAGUCGAUCACUGCAUACAGCGAUCAAAUAGAGAUCACAGUAUUAUACUGUGAUCUAAUUUUUUUUAACCCCUGAGGAUUAACUUUUAUUUAUUUUUUUAACCCUCAGGGGUUCAAUUUAUUUAAUUAAUUAAUUUAAAUAUUUUAUAACUAUAUAUUUUGCUAGCUGGGGUGGGUGGGAGUUAUGGGAAAAUGGGGAAUUUACUGUUAGUGCUGCGUACUGCUAGUUAGGGGUUAACGGUAAAAAAAAAAGCUUAGAAAAAUGUUAAAUCUGUAAAAAAGUUUUAAGAAAGUUUAGGAAAGUUUAAAAAAAAUUUAUAAGCAAAACAAAAGUUUAAAAACUAGUUUUUAAAAGUAAAAAAGUUAUAAAAAGUAAAAAAAUACAUUUUAAAAACGCUCAUUACCACUACACCUGGAACAAACUAGAGAAAAAAUUAUCCCACGCCAAGGUUCAAAAUAUACCUUUUGAAUUACCCCAGGGUGUAUUCUUUAAUAAAUAGUAUGUGUUUGUGGGGAAGUUUCAAUAACCAACCGUCUAAACUAUUCCAAAUUGGAACAUGGACACAGCGUAAAACUUCAAAGUUAGAAAAAAACUGAAUGGCUGCGUCUCAAAUGCGCCCCUUCAACAUCCACAUAUACCUGGCAAAGGUACAUACGGGGGUAUUGCUGUACUCAGCCGACAUAGCUGAGCAACAUAUGAAGUAUUAUACAGUCAUAGUACACAUAAGGUUUGCAAAAUAUGCUGCGCAAACUCACUUUGUAUGUCAAAAAGGCAGAAAAAAUGCUUAUUACCACUACAUCUGGUACAAGCUAGCGGAAAAAUGAUCCCACGCUAAGGUUCAAACUAUACCUUUUGAAACACCCUGGGGUGUCUACUUUAAGAAAUGGUAGGCCUUUGUGGGGUAGAUUGAAUUUAAAACCUGCGAAGAUGCUUGGAAAUUGCAUAUAGGCCCAGCGUCAAAAUUCAAAGUUUGGUAAAAACGGAUAUGGCUUGGUCUCCUAUAUGGCACUGUAGCUUCACAAAAUAGUGACAAAGACAUUCAUUGGGGGUGUAUUUUUACUCAAAAGACUUAGCUGAGCAUAAUUUGGGAGGUUUGAACUUAGUGGCACAUAUGAAAUAUACAAAACGCCCAGCAAAAAUGCAAUCCGUAUGUAAAAAAUGCACAAAAUAAUUUUUUUACCACAUACUUUGGCAUAUAUUGGUGAAAAAAUGGGGGUAUGUUAAGGCACAAUAUGCACCUUAUGAGAUACCCUGGAGUGUCUACUUUUACAAAUGGUAGGCCUUUGUGGGGGUUUUUGAACAGUCAAACUGUUAUAAUACCCCAAAUGGAAGCUAAGGCUCAUUAAAUCCGUCUCUCAAAAUUCUACUGUGAAUACUGUAAAGGACAGGUCUCCUAUAUGGCACUGUAGCUUCACGAAAUAGUGCCAAAGACAUUCAUAUGGGGUGUCAUUUUACUCAGAAGACUUAGCUGAGCAUAAUUUGGGGGGUUUGAACUUAGUGGCACAUAUGAAAUAUACAAAACGCCCAGCAAAAAUGCAAUCCGUAUGUAAAAAAUGCACAAAAUUUUUUUUUACCACAUACUUUGGCAUAUAUUGGUGAAAAAAUGGGGGCAUGUUAAGGCACAAUAUGCACCUUAUAAGAUACCCUGGAGUGUCUACUUUUACAAAUGGUAGGCCUUUGUGGGGGUUUUUUGAACAGUCAAACUGUUAUAAUACCCCAAAUGGAAGCUAAGGCUCAUUAAAUUCAUCUCUCAAAAUUCUACUGUGAAUACUGAAAAGGUCAGGUAUCCUGUAUGGCACUGUAACCAGGGCCGGUGCAAGGAUUCUUGCUGCCCUAGGCAAGAAUACAUUUUGACGCCCCCUUAUGAAUGCAACUACAUUCCUUCAGAAGUUUAUUCACUAAACUCUGAAUUACACUAAAGAGACAUUUAGGGAAAGAUGCGCACUGAGUAGAUAUUAAAGGGAAACUAUAGUGCCAGGAAAACAAACUUGUUAUCCUGGCACUAUAGCUUCCCCCUCCGUCAAGCGCAUCCCCCCUCGUGGUGCAGCAGGGGUUAAAACACCUUCUGUCACUUACCUGGGUCCAGCACCAAUGUCUUUUGUGCUGGCUUGGGUCCGCCUUAGCUCCUUAAUGGCCGCGCUCACAGUGGUAUUUCCGUGACUGGACGUCCCCAUGCAUAGCCACUAGAGGAGUUAACCCUGAAUGGUAAUUAUUGAAGUUUCUUAAAAAUUGCAAUAAUUACCUUUGCAGUGUCACUUACACAAUCUCACUAAUACACACACUCUCUCACUGGCAUACACACUUACACAUUCUAACUCUAACUUACACACUAACACAUACACAUUCUCACUGACCUACACAUUGUCACUUGCACACUCUCACUAACAUACACAGUGUCACUUACACACUCUCACUAACACACACAGUGUCACCUACAUACUCUCACUUAUACACACACACUCUAACUUACACACUCUCACUGGCAUAGACAUUGUCAGUUACACACUCUAACACCACACAGUGUCACACAUGCUCACUAACAGUGUCACUUGCACACUCUCAGUAACUGUCACUUGCACUCUCUCCCUAACACAUACUCACUAACAGUGUCACUUGCACACUCUCCCUAACACACACACCCAGAGUCACUUGCACAUUCUCACUAUCACACACACACACACACACACACACAGAGAGUCACUUGCACACUCUCCCUAACACACACACUGUCACUCAAACACAAACUUUACAUAAGGUCACACUUUAUUUACACACACAAACACACCAAUUUAACACACUCCCCCAUUUACAAACAUGCACACAAUAAGCAAUCCCCCUUAACCAUGCCAUACCUGGGUGCUAUGCUGAGCAGAGGUCCAGGCUGUAGGAUCCAGGAUCUUGCUCUUUCUCCUGGGGGAGCAGGAGAGCCAUGCACUUUGAGCACAGCCUGCUUCCUGCUCCCUUCACAGUGCUUCCGGUGUUCACAGGCUCCCCCUGCCUGCAGGAAGCACAGUGCUCUGCUCGGGUUACAGCAAACCCCACUGCCCAAGCAGGUAAUCUGCUGCAGAGGGAGCCCAGCAGGUGAGUGGCUGCGCUGGGGGGUGGCUAAAGAGACGCUCGUCCAGCACAGCAUCCCCGGACAGCUACAGCAGGGCAGCCCACCGGGAAACCUCUCGGUGGGCGCCCCCUAGAGGCCGGCGCCCUAGGCGAAUGCCUUAUUCGCCUUAAUGGUAGCGCCGGCCCUGACUGUAACUUCACGAAAUAGUGCAAAAGACAUACAAUGGGGGUGUCAUUUUACUCAGCAGAUGUAACUGAACACAAAAUAAAACUUUGUACAGGAAUAGCACGCACCAACUUUACAAAAUAUACACGAGAAUUUCUCUGUUAUAAGUUUGUGUGCCAAAAACCAAAAAGAACACAAUUUUACUCCAAUAUUUAGCAGAGGUUGGCGGUGAAAUGGCUACGUAGAAAGUGUCAAAACAACCUUAGGUAAAUAGCCCGUGAUGUCUACUUUAUAUAAAUAUAUACUUUUGUGUGGCAAUUUUGUUUUCUUUUAUGGCUAUUAAGCUUACAAGACAAACAUACCAAAUUCUAAAAUCGCUCCACAUUAAAAUUUUAUUUUACUCCUUGUGCUUUGUGACCUGUAACUACCAAAAAAAACUUAAAAUCCCAGACACAUUAUAUAUUCUGUAAAUCAGAACAAAUAAAUAAAUUUAUUUUUAAUUACUUUCCUUAACCUGCACUAAUUAUGCACACAUUAUUAUUGCAAAAACUGUAAAAAAAAACAAUAUUUUUCAUUUUUUUUGCAUUUUUCUGUAUUUUUUUUAUAAUAAGUAAGCAUUUAUAUAUAUAUAUGUUAUAUCAAAUUAAAGCCCUUUCUGUCCUUUAAAAAACAGUAUAUAAUAUGUGUCGGUGCAAUAAAUGAGAGAGAUGCAAAUUGCAGUUGAACGCAAACAGCAAGAAAAUGCAAAAAUUGCUUGUGUCAUUAAGCGUAAGUCAAGCUUCUGAAGCUGUGUCCUUAAGGGGUUAAUGGGCCUAUUCCAUGGGCCUGGGCCUUGAGCUGCAGCUCCAUCAGCACCUAUGUUAAUCCAGCCCUGGCACCGAGUGUAGUGGUGUUGCAGAGACAGGCUCAGGCACCAAGUGUAGGGGUGUUGUGGAGACAGGCUCAGGCACCGAGUGUAAUGAAAAUUACACCAUGAUGACAUACCAUUUGCAAAAGUAGACUACCCACGGUAUUGCAAAUGGGGUAUGUUCAGUCUUUUUUACUAGCCACUUAGUCACAAACACUGGUCAAAAUUGGCGUUCAAAUUAGUUUUUUACAUUUUCAAAUAUUAACACUAACUUUAGCCAGUGUUUGUGACCCAGUGGCUACUAAAAAAGACUGGACAUACCUCAUUUGCAAUACCUUGGGUUGUCUACGUUUGCAAAUGGUAUGCCAUCAUGGGGAUAAUUCUUAUUCCUGGGCUACCAUAUGGUCUCAAAGGCAACGUAACCAAUCUGGCGAAUAUCAAUGUGAAAAAAAUGAAAACGUAACACGCUAUAUUUGACCCUGUAACUUCCCAAAACACCAUAAAACCUGUACAUAGAGGGUACUAUUUUACACGUGAGAUAUCGCUGAAUACAAAUAUGUGUAUUUUAUUGCAGUAAAAGCAAACAGUAUUUUGACAUUCACAGUUAAAAUGUCAGGUAGAACUAAGAAAAUUUAAAAAAAUAGUAUUUUCUCCCAUUUUUUUAUAUUUUAUUCAUAUUAAAUUAUGUUCCAUACCUAAAUAUUUGAUGUUAAAUGAAAGCCCUGUUUCCCCUGAAUAAAAUGAUAUAUAAUAAGUGUGGGUGCAUUUAAUAUGAAAGAGGUGAAUUACGGUUGAAAAGACGUAUAGCGCAAAUGCCAGGUUUUGUUUACGUUUUGUUUUGAUCACAACUUGUACAUUUGGCUGCAGUCUUAAGGGGUUAAGGUAGCUUUGACUGUUUGUCCACAAUAUUAUGUUUCUUUCCACGUCCUCCUCCUCUCUCUGCCUCCUGCGCGGCACUGUGCACACUGGACGGAAGUGACCUCACUUCCUCCCAGCACCGAACUGCAAAUUGAUCAGGUGCCCAGUCCCUUGCGCUUUUAAAGGGCAGAGAUGCCCAAACAGGCCCCCAAUCAGAGAAUAUCAUCAUGUGAAGGCCAUCCAGCUUGCUGGCCCUGGUGAAGCUAUAGUUACACCCAGGGACGUUUUAGCCGCGAGGCAAACAAGGCAUUUGCCUUGGGCGGCAUUUUCCAGGGGGCGGCAAAAAAACCCGCCCCCAAAUGCCCAGGGCAAAUGUCUUGGUAGCCUUGCGGCUAACUGACAUGCUGGGCGGGCUGAAAGGCUGGUUGCCUGAGUUUUGUCCUGCCUAGGGCAGCACAAAACCAGGAAACACCACUGGUUCCACCACUGAAACCAACCUUUGUAUGGCAGGACAGGACUUGAAAAUUCACAGGAUUUGAGACUGCUGGGAGGUAUGCUAUAAGUUUACACAUAACCAAGGGUCACAGUUUUGAGUACUAGACCUUUUCUACUUGUGAGUGUGGUGCAUGCACGCUGCACACACAAGUUGUACAUAAUUGAUAUAAAUUUCUGGCCUCAUGACUGACAACUCAGGAAGUGGGUGUCUGUCUUAUAGUUGCAGCAAUUUUUACAAACUGACGCAACUAUAAAAGACUCUCGGUACUUAAAGUGGAUGCAAGAUACUUUAUCAUAAACUUUACAAUAUUGGGACAUUGUUAUGGUGGUUUGAGUGACACUUCAAAAACCAACGAUGGCCAGAGAACAGCAAAUUGACCAAACAUGUUUUUUUUUUUUUUCUCAACAGCAUUUAAAAAGGUUUAUAAACACAGAGAGAUAUGUGUUCUAUAUGCAGGAUAUUAUGCAGGCUGAGCAUUUAUUAUAUAUACAUUUUACAUUGGUGAUCAUAAGCACGUACAAGCUUUACAUAGAGAUCUGUCACAUACCUCAGUGUCAGUUCCUGCCCGCUGUCGUCUGUUUUAUAGAGGUCACAUUUGUAGAAUUCCUCUGUAUAAUAAUAUGGUUAUAAAAGAACAGUGUGACGCGCACACAUGGGAUUUCUUCAAUCAUAUUACAUGCACUGCCUGUGUUUGCAUAUCUAAAUAUAGAAUCUUUCAAAUGUGUUUUUAUAUAUAUAUAAAAAGACAUGGAUAAACCAAUAGCUAUGGAGAUUGAAAAUCUCUUUUACCUGAAGUCAGUGAAUAGUAAAUACAAAUUAUUUAUGGGUUGUUUGGAGUGUGAAAAUCUGUGUUUAACACUGUAUUGACCAGUGGCGGAACUAAGGUGGAGAGGGCCUUGGUGCAAGAAAGUUUUUCGAGCCCCCUUCUAGAACAAGUGUCCAAAAGGUAGAUCCCCCAUCUGCUAUACCAGCUGGUGAUCUACCAUUUGCCCAUCCUUACAGAGUUGCAUUUGUGAGCAAUGUUUGUGAGUUUGAAUGAAAGCAUGUUUUUGUAUAGAGUAUAUGUGUGCAUGUAGGGGUGUAUUUGUAUGUACUCCAGCCAUUGGAAUGCAGUGGUUUACUUCUGUGUAGUGUAUGUGUUUAAAUGCAGGGGUGUGUAUAUAUGUAGUGUUGGCUUUUAAAAGUAGGUGUUCUUUUGUGUGUAGUGUUGAUAUUUGAUUGAAGGGGUGCUUGAAUAUAAUUUUAGUGUUUUAAUACAGGGGUGUCUUUGUAUGUAAUGUUUGUGUUUGAUUGCAGGGGUGUGUGGAUGCAAUGUUGGCUUUUAAAUGUGGAUGUACAUUUGUGUGUAUCUUUGUUGUUUCAGUGAAGCUGUCACAUAUCCUUAGUAUCCAUGUGGCAAAAUAGAUAUAAUUACCGUCCAAAGAUUGAGGAGGUGCCACUCGUCUGUCUUCUGCCAUGAUGCCUAGCUGCGGACCCAUGCAAUUAUAUAGCCCCACGUCCGUCCACCGUAUAGACGAUGCCGACAUGCGGGUGACGUAAUGCAAAAGACGCACACGCACGUUUUGGGGUCAAGGGCUAGGUACAGCCAAUCGGAUCUGCAAGAGGGUUAUUUAAACUCACAUAUUCCUUAGUUCAUUGCCCUGCCGUAGUUUCCCUUAGAUGAUUAUCAGAGAGUUUGUACCUGAUUGUGUUUUUCGACUUUGGCUUAGUUUUGACUUCCCUGGUUUCUGGUUCCCUUGACUUAUGGUUUUUCCUUAUUGCUGUGUCUUGUUCUGUGUCCCUGACCUCAGCUAGUUUUCUGACUAUUCUCGGGUACGUUAAUUCCGGCCAUUCUAAGGCCCGAUAAGACGUUAUCCUUAGUUCUAGGGUGUGAUACUAUUCUGCAUGCUAAAUCAAUAUAAUCCUGAUAGAAGUAUAUAAUUGUGGAGUUUGAAUGCAGGGGUGUGUUUGCAUGUACUGUUUGUGCAUACAAACACAUUAUCACACAGAUACAUAUAUAUAUAUAUAUAUAUAUAUAUAUAUAAACACACUGACACACACACAAAUUCAUAUACACACUGACACAUACCUUGACACACACACACAGACGCACACCCUGACACACAGAUACAUGCACACUGAAACACACAUGCACACCUUGACACAGAAAUGCACACACUAUGUAUACACACACACACAUCCUGAUGCACACCUUCAAUUUCCAGGAGGGUUGCUUGCUUGCUGCUGCUGGCUGAAGGGUGUGGGGAUAUUUAUGGGAUAAUAAUAGUAACAGUGAGAAUUGCCCACUAAUUCAAUUCUCAGAUCCCAAAGAACGUUUAUCGUGUUAAGUGGAAUGUAUUUCAUAUAAUAAUAUCACAAUGUAUAAAAAUAGAUUUUUAUUUAUAAUGACAAAUUAAUAAUAAUAAUAUUAUAUAACAUGCGUGACAAUAAUCAAUGAAUAUUCAGUAUAAAAUGGUAUGCAAUACAAAGGAAUGGGUAUUACGUUUCAAUGGCUAUUAACUCAUUAUCUGUCAAGACUUCUACGAUUUAUGAGGUAUCCUUAACACAGGCUGAAAGUGAAACUUUUCACACAGAGAACAGAAUUCCUCAGAGUGCAGCAUAAGGUCGUAAAGUUUAGCAGACAGUUAGAAUAACCCUUUCAAUGCUGGCUAGAUCUCCUAGGUAGUUAAGAUCUAUUCUUAUGUAAUUUUUAAAUAAAAUAACAUUUAAACCAGUUCAUUAGCCAUUUCCUGAAAACAAUCCAAUAAGAGAAUCUACAUAUUAUAUAAGCAGAUUUUUAAUUUGUCUAAAAGAUAUCUAUCUUAAUUUAGAGCAAAUCAAUACACCUGGAUAAAAACAGCGGUAUGCUAACACGUGAUAAUAUCACAUCAAUAUAUAAUUAUUCUUAAUUCCACCUGCAGAAUGGAAUAUUUAUAACUAUAUAUUCUUAGUUAACUAAGAUUUCUUAAUAUGGAAAUCUGACCGUGCUUUAUCCAGUCAUAUAUAAUGCUAUUAAUACAUUUUAAUUAAUUUAAUUUAAUUAAAUGAAACCAGUAUAAUUACCAGUUGAGUAGAUAUUUCAUCCGAUUGGUAGUCUCAGGAAUUUAUUUGGAUGUGUCUCUGCAUGGAGGUUGGAGUCCCCAAACUUCCAAUUCCUCUCUUUUCUCUCCUUUGCAUAUCUUGCAUCUGCCUCCUUCGUCUUGUUUCUUCUCUAUCUUCCCUUUGUCUUAACUUUUAAAGGGCCAGACUCUCUGUACGUCAUCAGUUGAUAACCCAAUAGAAGCACUAGAGGUGUGGUUAUCUUCCAGAUCGCAAAUUAGUUAUUUGGUCUGUAGAGGGCAGUCUUGUCCCACUAAACAUACCUAUCCAGGAAAGAGUUAACUUUUCCUGGUGGCUAUUUUGACGUCAUUUUGGCCUAUCUAGAUAGUGGCUAUAACUUACGUAUCCUUCAAAGAUCAAAGGGGUUCUUAAAUUUUGUCCAGACUAUGUGUCUGCAAAUCUGCUAUAAUUUCUGAUAUGACAGAUCAUGAACUAAGUUUACCCUUUUCCAUACAAUGGUACCUUAUAUAUAUAGACAGUUAAAUAUUAAAUUAUUUAAUCUUCUCUGUCACAAUUGUCUGGGUUUAGAUUUGAUUAUAUUCCAUUAGCAUUAGACAGUCUGUCCAACCCCCUUCCUUAUCACUUGUCUUGUAUAUACUAUGCAUUCCUCAGCUCUGGGAAAGUGGUUAGCUUACAGAUAGAAAUACUGUGUCUCUUUGUUAACUUGAAAUAACAAAAUGGAGUCUGUCUGUUCAGAGUGACUCAGAAUAUACACUUUUAGUUUCUAUCAUAGCACAAAAUGUCUGCCGAUAUAAAUACUCUGACAUAACCCCCCUUUAGUGCAUUUCAUAGCCAAAACUAAUUUAGCUUAUGAAUAAGCACUAUAGAAGUUACCAGACAUAUUGUGCAAUCACAUCAUUUCUAACAUAGGCCCGUGCGUGGAAUGAACAUUUCUGUAUAUAUUUGUUUUAAAUCUGUUUUUAUUGAGGUCAACACAAUAAGUCGUUUUCCCACGCAGGGGAUAAAGCGUAAACAAUGCAUUCAUUUUGGAAAAACAUAAGAAGAUAUAUAACAAAUUACUGCAGUGUAUCAGAUAGCCUCUGGAUGCUUAUGUGCUCGCAGAAGCCACUUGUAUCGUCCUAAGGACAAUUGCAAUAUAGGUUGUGUCACGUGUCUCAUUUGCAUUUGGUUUGCCAGUUAGUUGAUUACCUUGGCUAACGUGUAGCCUGUGUUGGCUGGUUUGUGUAAGUGCAUUGUGUUUGCUGGUUUGUGCAAGUGUUUUGUGUUAGCAGGUUUGUGCAGGUGCUUUGUGUUAGCUGGUUUGUGUCAGCUGUUUGGGUAGUUAGCUUGUGUUAGCUGGUUUAUGCAGUUGUUUCGUGUUAGCUAGUCGGUGUAAUUGCUCUGUGCCGGCUGGUUUGUGCAUAUGCUUUGUGUUAGCUGAUUUGUGCAAGUGUUUCGUGUUGGUUGGUUGGUUUGUGUGGUUGCUUAGGCCUAGUAACAUACAAUGCAGUAAUUAGGCAGGUAAAUAGGCAGUAUUGAAACAUGAAAAACUUCUGGUAGCAAUUAGAAACAUAUCAUCGUGCCCUUGCUGCUAGGUCAGAUGCUCAUCAAUUUGUACUACCCUGCACAGUUUCAACUAGAGGGAAUAUGUAUACUAACUCUUUAUGUUAAGUGCGUUAGCAUCGCCUAGUCUAUUGAAGCUCUGACAUGCGGGGUAACAUAUGCUUAUAAACUAAAAAUUACUAAUAAGGACUGAAACAAUACAGGAGCAGGGCUGUUCGGAAUGACUACGCUUUUGGCCAAAUGAGUCCUAGGUGUUGUCAAGUUAGGUUGGGCCAUCCCCAUAUGGGGCCCAUGGGCACCUCCGUGUCUGAGGGACCCUCUUUUGCUUCCACCCUGGGCAAACUCCGGUCCGUCAGUGGGUAGAUCCGUGGCGCCGUGGGCACUCGGUUGCGUGGGCAGUCUAGCAGAUCCCCCCCACGUAGAAUCCACCUGCCACCCGUCCCCUGCACCUCCCCGAUUCCCCCGGAACCACCCCCGGGUCCCAGUCAGUCCAUGCCUCGCCUGGCUCCGGUCACAUACUUGGUACCAGUGCGCGCCCCCCCGGCCACCGGUUCACCGGAGGGUCCACGUCUACCGGUCCCACAGGGCUCACUGAGUCAGGGGCAAAAUCCUCUGAAUCACCACCAAGUUCAAAGGGUCCGACCGGUUCCCUACCAGCACCCCGGUUACCCGAGGGUGGGCAUCUGUGGGUCCACCUCUGCAAGAGUCCGCGGUAUCACAACAUGGUAUGUGUCCUUGUUGGUGCUCUAGCCGCUCGCCCUGGGGGAUAUUAAUGGCCUUUCAAGCCUUUUAUGCAGGAUCCUCAUCAGCAGCCUUCCAAAUUGUGGCUUUGUGUGGGCUGUAGUGCCCCAUCCAAUGGUUGCUUGCGCCCCUUUAUUCUGUAUUAGGGUGCGUUCCUGGCAGCUUCCAUAUCUGCUAGCUGGCUGUUUUUUUUUUCUUUUUCAGCCGUUGCUAGUGUAGGCGGGCGGCACAGGCCGAGCGCGGGAUCUCCCGCCACUGUGCGGGCCGCCGCCAUGAUGCCGGGAUAACCCCCACCGGUCUGGGGGGGGAGCGGGGCCGUGCCCCGAGCCGGGGUAUCAUCCCACGACCAGAGGCUUAGUUCCUGCGGUUUUUCCUGUUCCCGCAGAGUGUCUCUCCGCGGUGUCUGAGUGCACGAGGACUGGCUUGUGGCGGCUUGCAGGCCGAAGGUGGCCGUUUCUGCUCACCCGGUGCGUGGUGUGCCUCCUGCGGGGUAUCGGGCUGAAGCUGGUAACCCUCUCCAUGUAGCGGUAUCGACGGCUCUGGCAUUGCAGCAGUCUAUGUCGGCUUUUUGAGCCCUUUUCACGAGCCUAGAGCUGGAGCCCAUGCAUAUGGCGUCCAGUCGGCUCGGCGGCCCGGCCCCGCCCCCCUCUGUAUAUAUUUGUACCUGUAAGAGUUUUGAACUUUACACUUAGUACAAUCAACCAUAAUAUCAUUAUUACAUAGUACAUUAUUUUCAUUUGAAAAAUGUCUUUGGGAGUUACAUAUGGUAUGGUCAAUAAAAAGCAAAUCUCCAUACGUUCCGGAUCAAUUAAGAGAGGUAUAGCGCUCCCCAUCUCAAAGGCCAGAUUUAAUUGCAUAGGCUCAAUUGUCUCUCCAUCCACAUUGGCAAGCAUCGCAUGAACAAUAUCCUUGGAUACAAAAUACAGAGGUAUGCGUCCCCCUGCCAAUUCGAUCAUUCCAGUUUGCACUUCGUCGAGAAAAGCAAGUGUGUGGAACAAUAUUGGGUCAUGCAGAAAUAAAAGUUCACGCUUAAAUAAGUCAUGACUUUGGUGCAGCUCAGUGGAUUUGGCAAUUAACUCCGAAUGCAAAUUUGUUGUAACAACUGUGUCUUCCACAAUAGUUAACACGUCUUGGAGAAGUGUUCUUUGCUGGUUUAUCACCUGAUGAAUAUCGUUAAUGUGUUGCUUUAGCGCAUAGAUUUCCAUAUCCAGCUUUUGGACAGUAAUAGAGUUGGCUGCAGACAUUCCAGUUGCGACAACUGCACCGACAGUGGCACAAACUAAUGCAACAAUUAUAGCGGUGAGGAACCUUUUGGGUCGGUUGCUCAUCGGAAUAGAACUGGAUACAAAUGGUUUCCGGGCUUGCUCCAAGAUAUUUCGCACACGGUCCUGUGCUCUUUGGAGGUGCAUCUGGUACCAAGUCUGUAACUCAGGAAGCUGCAUCGAUGAAAUGUUGUAUGCCUUCUCGAUGGAAAUCUUGGGGUCCAAGCUGACGAACACACGUCUGGUCAGGAUCCUCUUCUCCGUUAAGAUGAACCCUGGUGUCUCUUGAAUCAGGAUGCCGGAGGAUGGUCCCAUCUCUGCGAUCGGGUCGGUCCGUAGCUCUUGGCACAGGAGCAGUACGAUCCAGAAACAAGUCACAUCCUUCUUGGACAUCUUUCGACAGUCACGGAUCAGGAACUCGUUUCAGACUUAUCUACUAAUGAUUCAAGGUUUGUUAAGCAUACAAACUUAUAACAGUGUGACAUCACUUGGCCUAGGACAACACAUUAUUACGAUUCAUCAACAUAUGUAUUCUGUCUAAUUCUAUUUUUAUAACUUCAUCCCUCACUACAUUUAUUACUGACUCUUCAGCAAUUUGCCUAUAGCAGUUAAACAAGCUAGUAACCUGCUUAUAAAAUGUAGUUAUUGGAUGGCAAGGAAAUGGUUAAUGACAUGAACGUACAUGAGAUCAUGGCACAUCACAACAUUUCACAUCAUACUAUACCACGUGAAUCAAGCAUUCAUCCAGGUUAGUCGUUCACCCUUCUGCAUCCGAAUCCACACCUAUAAUCCUUAAUUGAGAUUUAGGAUGACAAGCACGCAACUGGUUAAUGUGAACCCACUUUUCAAUAAAAUCACCAUCCUUAGGAAUUUUUAUCUUAUACGCUACAGGGGAAAUUUUGUCAAUAAUGACAUAUGGCCCUUUCCAAGAAGGUAAAAAUUUAUUUUCCUUGACUUGAUUUCGCGCAAAGUUAUACAGAUAGACUUGAUCUGUUAUCUCAUAUUCCUUUUUCGUGGUUUUUAGAUCGUAAUAGGUCUUAACCCCUGUCGCUGCUUUUUCUAGAUUCUUUUGGGCAAAAGCAAACGCAUGCUGUAAAUGCUUGCGCAAAUCUUCGAUAUACUGAUGCGUAGUGGCAGCAUUGAUCAAGUUAUGAUCCGAAGUACGAUAUAGUAAAUGCUGUGGUAAAACCAUCUUUCUUCCUGUCAUCAAUUCAAAAGGUGACAAUUUGGUAGCAGUGCUAGGUGUAGCUCUAAUCGCCAUUAAAACUAGGGGCAAUUUAAUGUCCCAGUCUUUACCAGACUCCUUAACAUAUUUCUUCAGAAUAUUAACGAUAGACUGGUUAUAUCGCUCUACCCCCCCGCUAGACGCAGCGCGGUAUGCAAUAUGUAGCUUUCGUUUAACACCUAGAAUGUUCCACAUCUUAGCCAUUACUUCGCUGGUAAAAUGACUACCUCUGUCUGACUCAAUUCUUUGAGGCAGACCGAACCUGGAAAAGACAUGGUUAAUCAACAAAGUGGCGCACACGGUACUCGUGUUCUCUUUACAAGGCAAACAUUCUAUCCACUUUGUGUACAUACAUGUAACGGUUAACAUGUAUUUGUUACCUCUUGAAGAUCUUGUUACAGGACCUAUAAAGUCAAUUUGAAUAUCAGACCAGGGUAAUGACACCCCCCUCUUCUGAAGUGGUGCACGAUGGGUUGGACCAUGGGGUUGAUAUUGCGGACAAAUCAAGCAUCCCUGACAGUAUGUCUUAACAUCCCUUAACAUGUGUGGCCAAUAUGCAUAAUCACGCAAUAUCUCAUAUGUGAUCUUAUCACCACGAUGCCCAGAUGUAGGUGCAUCAUGUGCGUGUUGGAGCAUUAACCCUCUGUAUACAGUUGGGACUACCCAUUGUUGUAUACCAUGUUUAGAAGUUCUGACCAGUAACCCAUCCAUGAUACUAAAUUGGACUUUAUAUCUCAUCAAGAUUCGUAAAUCUUCAUUAUUUUUGCAAUCCUCAUCUGUGAUGGGAUUGGCAGUAGGGUCUUCUAUAUGUUUAUAGAAAAUGCCUAUGACGGGAUCACUCUUUUGACUAGUAAUCAGGUCAUCACUAGGAGCUUCUUGACUCCAUUGCACGACAUUUAAGUCGGCAUUAUCUCUAGCCUGUCGUCUAGUUAUGGCUUCAACAUGAAUUGAACCCAUAAGAUCAUCAAUGUUUAGGGUUUCACCAUUGAUGGCAGCUUGUUUUGCCAGUGAAUCGGCUAAGUCAUUACCAUCCUUGUCAAUACCUUCUAUUUUAGAAUGGCCUUUGGUUUUCUUCCAAUAUAUGGUUAAACCAUUUUCCUUAACCAACUCAUCGAUUUUACAAAACAAUUUCCCAUGUUUAACAGGUUUGUUAUUGCUUUUCAGCAUUUGGUUACGUUUCCAGCUAGGCAGAUAUUCGACGAAACUGUUGCGAACAUAGUUGGAAUCAGUUAUAAUAACAAAUUCUUUGAUACCAUAUUCUAUUGCCAUUUGAAUGGUCUUAUAUACUGCACAGAGUUCGGCUAUCUGACUGCUUUUGGGACCAAUAUUGUAUCCUAUAGAUACAUUAGGAUAAUCACCUGUCCAGGCAAUUCCGAUACCUGCAACUAACUUCCGUUCGGCACCAGCUACGUGGUGAUAUGAACAACCAUCAAUGUAUACCCACGGUAGUGGUCGACAGUAUUCCUCAUCAUAAACUUUAUAAGGAGAUAGCAAUUGCUCUUCUAGGAAGUCAUCUCCGGUGUCAUUAUCAUCCAGAGAUGGAGCAGUACAGUCAUGUAAUUCUGCUAAACCUUGGGCAACUGGGCUUCUCUUAUUAUGUUUAUAACGGACUUCUAACGGCCAUCCCUGUAAGGAUAGAGCCCAUGCAGUAAUCCGACUGUUAGAGAGAUUACCGUCUCUAAUUCUUUCACUCUGCAGAUACUGUAGAGGUUGGUGAGCUGUUUCUACAAUUAUUUUCUCACCUUGGAUAUAGCUACGAAAAUUUUGCAGUGCCCAGACAGUCGACAAUAACGCCUUCUCACACGUGUUGAAUUUAACUUCAACAGAUGACAAAGUCUUGCUAGCAUAUGCAAUAACCUUGUUUAAACUGUCCUGCUUCUGAUACAGAACAGCACUUAUGCUUAAAUUGGUAUAACCUGUCUCCAGAUAGAAGGGUUUACCCCCCUCUGGGUAUGCUAAACAGGGUGCCUGAGUGAGCUUCCUCCUCAGUUCACUUACCGCUUGGUCCUGAGGCUCCCCCCAGUUCCAGGUAGUUUCCUUUUUAAGCAGGUGUAAGAGUGGUUUAGUUAUUUCUGCAUAGUUAUCUAUAAACUUACGGGAGUAGUUAGUCAUACCAAGGAACGAUCUUAAUUCCCUGAUGUUUGAAGGUGUUUUAGCCUUUAGUACGGCUUCAACCUUCUUCCUCUGGGGAUUUAAUCCUUCAGAAGUUACCUCAUGUCCAAGGAAAUUGACAUGGGUGCGACACCAUUGUGCCUUUUGUAAAGACAGUUUAAUCCCUGCCUCUCUUAACUGAGUGAGAACAUGUCUAAUCUCUAAGAUAUGCUUAUCAAAGGAAGUGCUUUUCAGCAAGACAUCGUCGACAUAUGAUAACGUUCCUCUCUCGAGUGCGUCAGGCAUAGCUUUAUGCAUGAACACAGCGAAUUCAUGACCAGAGUUUAUAUAACCGAAAGGCAUACGGGUCCAGGUAUACUGCUGCUUUCCAAAUGUGAAGGCCAAUUUGUAUUGGUCUUCAGUAUGGACUGGUACAGUCCAAUAUCCCUGCGCACAGUCAAUGGCAGUGAAUAUUUUGGAUCCCUGCAUUUGUACCAAACAUUGGUCUAUGUAUGGCGUUGGCCAACCAGACAUAUAGACGCGUUUAUUUAGCUGUCGUAAGUCAGCGCAUAAACGCCAUUGUCCAUUAGGUUUCAGAAUCCCCAAGAUUGGAUUAUUAUACGAACUGUGCACUGGAUGUAUAAUGCCCCUUUCCUUUAAAUUCUGAAUGAUGUCUUGUAGACCAUCAUAUGACGCUAAUGGGAGUCUAUAUUGUUUGAUAAAUACAGGUGGUAAAUUUGGAUCAGUUUGUAUUCUGGCUACGUGGAGGUUAGUUAACCCACAGUCGUAGGAAUCUUUGGCAAAAAUAUCUUGGAAUUCCAAAAGGACUUCCUUUAGCUGCUGUCGCUCAGCAUCAUUGGAGCAACCGUCAGCUAAAGAUAUUUGCUCUUCUAGCCUUUCCUGAAAUCCUGGAAAGAUUUCAGGCUGGCCUAUCUCAUAAGCUUCUUCAAGCCUAGAAGUUAGGUCAGUUCGGUGUUGACUUACCUUUUCUCUUUGGUCGUGAUACUCUUGUGAUUCCUGCUCAUUGAGCGGAUGAUCGAAGGUGAUAGAUGCUUCUUCGAUUUUACACGAGCCUUCUUCGACGUUGAAGGGAUAUACAGAUAGGAUAGUGAAUAAUCCUUCUGGGGAGGAAUGGAAUAUUUGAUCGACAAUUUCGUCCUCAGUUAAGUAUUCUUCAGGGAUGAGGCCUAUAAUUUGGUUUUGGAAACCAAAUGUAUAGUACUCAGCAUCCAAUGCUAGACCUAAUAAUGUUCCUUUUGGUAAAGUAACACUAUUGGGUGUAACAUUGUUGACCAUGAUAUAGGUGGGAUUCUUACCAAUACUUACCAUUGGUGUAUGUGUUACCACCAUCCCUAAUUGUUGUAUCCUGUUGGAUAAACAGAUUAGGGCAUCAGAGUUUUCCAAUCUCUGAUCCUCCUUGACCUGUAGGGGUAAAAGAAAAUUACUUGUCCCCUGUGGAAUGGUUAUGUCAUCGGGAACUUGGAUACUUACCGCAUAUGGGAGUAUUUGUCCUGAUUUCAGGGCGUUUUCCUCGUGUAGGUAUCCACAAGGAUUACCUUUUAACCUUGUCCACAAAUUGGAAUUAAUCAAAUCAAGGUGUAUGGCAAAGCGAUGUAUGACAUCAUUGCCAACGUAAAUCUGAUAGCGAGGUUCAUUUAUCACUAAGAAUAAAUGUUUAACGGUCUUAUUUCCGAUGGAAAUAGAUAGUAAACAUUUUGCUAUCACAUUGUGACUCUCUGAUUCGCCAUCCAGAUUCUGGAUCCACCUGUCAUGUGGGGAAGCGUACCUGAUCAUUUUAGGAUUAGCGAUCUGCUUUAACAGACUUCUGCUAAUAUAGCUGUUCUCACUCUGUAAGUCCAGCUUUGCAUUCCUACUUCUUCCUAAGUCAUUUAUUUGCAUAGGAAAGAAUAAGUUGUUAUUAACCCUUUCAAUUCUGGCAAGGAAUUGAGCAUGACCUGCCAGAUCUACAGAUUCAACAUAGUCCCUGUGGAGAGAAAUGGUUAAAACAUCACCUUCCAGAGAGACAUUCUGGAUCCUCUCUGGAGCAAUUCUUAUGGAAUGCUCAUCUACAGGCGCGAUUGCAUCAUUCACCUGCAGGAUAGUCACGUCAGGUGACUGACUAUUUCUAAAAUGUACCUCAAUUGAGUCAGGUCUUUCUUCUAUCACAUGGCAGUUACGAUCAGAUUGUACAUGUGAUUUCUCAUAGGUUAUGGGAACCUUAGCUUGUGACCAUACAAUUCCAUUCACACAGUCAAUAAUCGUGUUAAGUCUUCUAAGUAUGUCUAUACCCAGAAUCAGUCGGUCAUAGGGGAGAUCUACCACUAUCACCGGGUGUCUAAAGGUUUUGUUACCUAUUUUAAACUUUAACCAUGUAUUGCCAAUAACAUGAAGGGCAUUUCCUCCUACACUCAACAGAGCAUUGGGGAAACCUCUUAGCUUCGGCUUAUCCGUUGCUAAGUCCAUUACCUGCUGGAAGUAGGUAUUGGAUAAGAUAGUGGCUUGUGAACCAGUAUCUAUUAACCCUUUAAAAGGCUGGGGUAACGAAUCCUGUAUUUCUACAGACAUGUAGUACCUUCCUUCAUGUUCUUCUAAUUCACAUAAGAAUUUAGAAUGUGUCAACAUAUUACUCGUUUUCCAUACAUUACCGGUCACAGCAGUAGUUUCUACCUGUACUGAGGAAUGCUCAGUCUUACCCACAGGCCCAUCCUUUUUAGGAACAUCUUGAACUAUUAAGCGGGAACUAGUGGUCGGCAUCUCAUCAGUUAACCCUUUCAGGUCUGGAUCCUGGAAACUUGUGGCUGCUGGGGCUAUUUUAGCCUUUGGCUGAAAUGAAAAAACAGAGGAACACGUCGCGCCUCCUUCACCCGGAAGUGAAGUGACGGGAUAGGCAAUAGGUUUUCUAACACAACUAUUGUUUAUUUGACUGUUAUUACCUGGAAAGGAAACAGGGUUAGGCAUUACAUCUACUGAUAACCUAGCCUGUUUAGUCACAGUGGCUAUUAUUGCUGCGGCACCUGUUGUUGUUGCUGCGGUUGCACAGGUAGUUCUGCAAUUGGAGCUAUCCCUAAAAAAGGAUUUCUGGCAAAGACUUGGUUAAUCUUUGUCAUUCCCUCCAUUAAUUUGCCCAUCUGGUCUGUCAAUUGACCAACCUGACGACGCAAAUUAUUUCCCCCAUUGCCGUUUUGUCUUUGCCCAUUAGAAUUUGGCUGGGAUGGCUGAGACUGUUGGGAGUUAUUGGAAGCAGAUUGGUUGUUUCUGUUUCCAUAUCUCCUAUUUCCCUGAGGAUUCCUUCUCCAUUGGGAAUUGCCUUGGUUCUUAUUUACCCAGGGGCGUUUAUUCCCAUUGGCAUUGGAUUUUUCAGAGUUAUUAGAGGAAUUUGCAGAAUUGCUUCUGGCGUUUUCCUGUUUCUGAGGUUUUGGAGUUUUCAAAACCUCGGAAUAGGUCCUCUUUUUCUGUUGGGUUUCUAGACCUAACUGAAUUUUAGUCUCUGACACCAUUUUAUCACCAGGUUUCUUAACCUUUGGCUGAUUUUCGUCAUGUGCAUGGUGUAUAGUGUACAAUUUCAUGCACUGACUGACUAGCCAUUCUAAUGGUAACUUACAAUCGUAAUCUCUUGCGAGAUUCAUUUGUAUGUUUACUGGCAUGGCAUGAAAAUACAGAUCUUUGAAGUCUGUGCUUUCAUACCUGGGUUUCCUUUGGGCCACGGAGUAUGCAUUUUUAAGAAUUAUUAAAAAUUCUCUGGGGCUUUGAUCUGGACGGCACUUUAAGUUAUAAAGCGCCUUCUUUGCAGAGGCAAUGGUUUUAUACUUACCAUAUUCCAUGAUUAUUUCAUAUUUCAUCUUGGACCAGGACAUUAACUGUAUAGCUUGAAGACUUUCUAGAUAAACACGGCACAUUGAAUCAAAGGUCCAUGUAAUGAACCAUUUCUUAUGAAUGUCAUCAUACAUGCCCAAUGAAUUCAUUGCUCUAUCAUAAUUUUCCAGAUGUUCAGAUAUGUUUCCUGAACCUCUAGAAAAUUGUGGGACAGUCUCUCUAAGGAAUUUGAUGACCUUUGGUGUUUCAUAAACAGGCGUCGUUGAUUUACGAUCUCUGUUUCUGUGUUUGGGUAAACGUCUAUGCGAUCUGUCUGCUGAAGAGGAAUUAGACCCAUACAACAGCGCAGAUGGCAUAUCAGUUACAUGGCCUUCAGAGUGGAUAGUGCAAUCACUUUCACUCCCAUCACUCUGAGCUUCUUGUUCACUGUCACAAUUCCGAUCAGCAUCAGAAUUCUGCCAGUGAACAGAACCAUGUCUGUUUUCAUUCCUAUCACCUUGAAUCUGAUUCCUUCUGUCAAGCAUGGCCAGGACAGUCUUUUCAAACUGUUCUGCCCAAGAUUGCCAAGAAUCUACAGGUGUUUUCUCAGAAUUACUCACAUCUUUUCUUAGAGACUGUUUUAUGAAAACCUGGUCUGGUGUGUGAAUAUCAGGAAAUUGAAAAGAAUCACUUGGGUCUUUUCCCAGUAAUCCUUCACUUCCCUUUUGAUAUUCAUCUAGCUGCAUCUGUAUCUGUUUUAUCUGUUGAUCAUAAUCAUCCACCAUUUUGUUCAUUCUUUCCAGUUUAUUCAAAAGGUCAGAGUUUAGAACCUGAAGGAGAUUAUUUUCAUCAGACAAAGUUUUGAACCUUCCUUGUUCGAGCACCAGGUCUUUCUGACACUCGUCCAAUUUACGUUCUAUCUCAUUAUGCUUUUUUAACAUAAUAGAAUAACCCAAUAUGAAAAACGGGCAUGAGUUGGUAACAGAUCGCAUUGUAGACUCUUCAUCUAUAUGGCUAAGAUAUUUAACCAUAGGUGAAUCAGCCGAUCUAUCAUGAAUCGAAUCAUCAACCUGUUUUUUUAUUUGGAGUAUCCACUCUGGAUAAUCAACUUUAAUAUUUAGAUACUGAUAUAUGAUGCUUAAGGGAAAACCUUGCAUUUCCGCUAACUUCUUCCCAUUCUCUGAUUGAGAUGAAGCGCUAGAUUCAGCCAUAUUUCUAUACAGUGAUUUAAUCUCAAUACAAAACUCUUUUCUAUAUCAAGAUUAAAUUGCAUGAAUUACACCAAUAUUAUUAUUAUAUAUGAAAUACAAUUUCAACUUAAACGAUCUCAGCACCGUGCCUCCAAUAUGUGGGGAUAUUUAUGGGAUAAUAAUAGUAACAGUGAGAAUUGCCCACUAAUUCAAUUCUCAGAUCCCAAAGAACGUUUAUCGUGUUAAGUGGAAUGUAUUUCAUAUAAUAAUAUCACAAUGUAUAAAAAUAGAUUUUUAUUUAUAAUGACAAAUUAAUAAUAAUAAUAUUAUAUAACAUGCGUGACAAUAAUCAAUGAAUAUUCAGUAUAAAAUGGUAUGCAAUACAAAGGAAUGGGUAUUACGUUUCAAUGGCUAUUAACUCAUUAUCUGUCAAGACUUCUACGAUUUAUGAGGUAUCCUUAACACAGGCUGAAAGUGAAACUUUUCACACAGAGAACAGAAUUCCUCAGAGUGCAGCGUAAGGUCGUAAAGUUUAGCAGACAGUUAGAAUAACCCUUUCAAUGCUGGCUAGAUCUCCUAGGUAGUUAAGAUCUAUUCUUAUGUAAUUUUUAAAUAAAAUAACAUUUAAACCAGUUCAUUAGCCAUUUCCUGAAAACAAUCCAAUAAGAGAAUCUACAUAUUAUAUAAGCAGAUUUUUAAUUUGUCUAAAAGAUAUCUAUCUUAAUUUAGAGCAAAUCAAUACACCUGGAUAAAAACAGCGGUAUGCUAACACGUGAUAAUAUCACAUCAAUAUAUAAUUAUUCUUAAUUCCACCUGCAGAAUGGAAUAUUUAUAACUAUAUAUUCUUAGUUAACUAAGAUUUCUUAAUAUGGAAAUCUGACCGUGCUUUAUCCAGUCAUAUAUAAUGCUAUUAAUACAUUUUAAUUAAUUUAAUUUAAUUAAAUGAAACCAGUAUAAUUACCAGUUGAGUAGAUAUUUCAUCCGAUUGGUAGUCUCAGGAAUUUAUUUGGAUGUGUCUCUGCAUGGAGGUUGGAGUCCCCAAACUUCCAAUUCCUCUCUUUUCCCUCCUUUGCAUAUCUUGCAUCUGCCUCCUUCGUCUAUCUCUAUCUUCCCUUUGUCUUAACUUUUAAAGGGCCAGACUCUCUGUACGUCAUCAGUUGAUAACCCAAUAGAAGCACUAGAGGUGUGGUUAUCUUCCAGAUCGCAAAUUAGUUAUUUGGUCUGUAGAGGGCAGUCUUGUCCCACUAAACAUACCUAUCCAGGAAAGAGUUAACUUUUCCUGGUGGCUAUUUUGACGUCAUUUUGGCCUAUCUAGAUAGUGGCUAUAACUUACGUAUCCUUCAAAGAUCAAAGGGGUUCUUAAAUUUUGUCCAGACUAUGUGUCUGCAAAUCUGCUAUAAUUUCUGAUAUGACAGAUCAUGAACUAAGUUUACCCUUUUCCAUACAAUGGUACCUUAUAUAUAUAGACAGUUAAAUAUUAAAUUAUUUAAUCUUCUCUGUCACAAUUGUCUGGGUUUAGAUUUGAUUAUAUUCCAUUAGCAUUAGACAGUCUGUCCAACCCCCUUCCUUAUCACUUGUCUUGUAUAUACUAUGCAUUCCUCAGCUCUGGGAAAGUGGUUAGCUUACAGAUAGAAAUACUGUGUCUCUUUGUUAACUUGAAAUAACAAAAUGGAGUCUGGUCUGUUCAGAGUGACUCAGAAUAUACACUUUUAGUUUCUAUCAUAGCACAAAAUGUCUGCCGAUAUAAAUACUCUGACAAGGGGAGAGUGUAGUGGUUUUAAAGUAGCUUCUGUCUCUCUCCCAUCAGGCUGCCUGUGUGUGCCUCCUCUACCACCAACUCCCUCUCUCUUCACAUGGUGCGCUCUUUAUGUAACUGGAAGGACGUGAUCAUCACUUCCUCCAUGCUGGCAGGUAUUACAGGGGCCGGUCGCGACUUUAAAGGGCCGCGGCACCCAACCGGGUUACUGUUAAGCGAUAAAACAACCAUACCCAUAGAGUGGCCCUAAGUCCAUAGCGUCUGUGCGGUAGUUCCACCACUGGUAUUGACUAUCCACUGACUUCAGGUGGAAGGGACUUUCAAUCACUUUUUUCAAUUUGUAUUAAAGGACCACUAUAGUGCCAGGAAAACAUCCUCGUUUUUCUGGCACUAUAGUGCCCUGAGGGUGCCCCCACCACUGGGCUGAAUGCGCACGCGCGGCAAGAGCUGCGCACGCAUUCAGGCUGUCACAUAGGAAAGCAUUCAUAAUGCUUUCCUAUGGACGCUGGCGUGCUCUCACUGUGAAAAUCACAGUGAGAAGCACGCAAGCGCCUCUAGUGGCUGUCAAUGAGACAGCCACUAGAGGAAAUAGGGGAAGGCUUAACCCAUUCAUAAACAUAGCAGUUUCUUUGAAACUGCUAUGUUUAUGAAACAAAUGGGUUAAACCUAGCUGGACCUCGCACCCAGACCACUUCAUUAAAGGACCACUACAGUGCCAGGAAAACAUACUCGUUUUCUCUGGCACUAUAGUGCCCUGAGGGUGCCCCCACCCUCAGGGACCCCCUCCCGCCCGGCUCUGGAAAGGGGUAAAAACUUACCUUUUUCCAGCGCUGGGUGGGGAGCUCUCCUCCUCCAAUCCUCCUCUUCUCCUCCCCGUCGGCUGAAUGCGCACGCGCGGCAAGAGCUGCGCACGCGCGGCAAGAGCUGCGCACGCAUUCAGCCGGUCACAUAGGAAAGCAUUCAUAAUGCUUUCCUAUGGACGCUGGCGUGCUCUCACUGUGAAAAUCACAGUGAGAAGCACGCAAGCGCCUCUAGUGGCUGUCAAUGAGACAGCCACUAGAGGAAAUAGGGGAAGGCUUAACCCAUUCAUAAACAUAGCAGUUUCUCUGAAACUGCUAUGUUUAUGAAAAAAUGGGUUAACCCUAGAAGGACCUGGCACCCAGACCACUUCAUUAAGCUGAAAUGAUCUGGGUGCCUAGAGUGGUCCUUUAAACAAAACAAAAACAUUGAUUAAAUUACGUGUUUAGUUUUCAACUGUAAGAAGGUCCCUGAAAGGCAAUUAUGAAACUCUGGUACUGGUUGUGGUCUGAAACUGAACUUGACAAGCAUAGAAUUGGGUUGCUUAAAAGUAAGUGGUACUUAAAUAGGCUUAAAUAGGCUUUCAACACAAACCCCCUCCCAACAUGUCUGACAUGUCCUGCUGUUUCAAUUUAGUACCCUGGUGUCCAGCAGGUGAUAUGCAGGAGCACUAGGACACUGCAGAAAGCGCUACAGCACACGCUUUAGAAGGCUAGCCAGAUAAGCCCCUUCGGUGGUUGGGUCCGGACCCAUUUUGGGUCAAACUACAUUUAUUUCAUUAUGUGUCUGUCGGUCCAUGUAAAAAAAAAAUAUACGGUGUGUGAUAUCCAAAACAAUGCUUAUUUUUUGUCUGAUUUAACAAAACAAAAAAAUCUAAAUUGAAAAAAAUGUUUACUCCUCACAAGGAAUUGAACCCUUCCAAAGUGUAACAGAACUCCAAUACCAGCACUUUGUGUCCGCUUAUAAUGUGAACAUUAUUCUCAGUACUGUGUGUGCCUACUGAAGUAGUAUGGGUGUGGUAUUCCUGUCAUUUAAGCCCUGCAGCUGCAAACAUUGCCGUUUCAGGCGGUCACAUAGGAAAACAUUCCUGCAGUUUCAUGAGGAUGUCCAGCUUUGCAUGAGGAUGUCCAGCAUCUUCUAAAUCCCCAUAAAAAAAACAUUGACUUAAUGCUUUCCUAUGAAGAAGGCCUGAUGCGCACCGCUUGCCAUGCAUGUGCAUUUGGUGUCCCCUGUUGACUGAUGUUGGAGGAUCUCAAAAACAGUUUUGUACUCAUAACACUAUAGAGUUCCUUUAUAACAGCAAUGUGUCCCCCAAUCCCAGUGUGUGUCUAUUAAAGCAUACUCCCAGAGUAUCCCAGGUACAACUUCAUAAUUGUAUUUUCAGGUCAUCAUUGUUAAAAAUUUUAGAUUUUUCUGUGCUGAGCAUUCAGAAAAUUUUAGACUUUAGAAAAGAGUAGCGGCAGCUGCUGUCUUGGUGUGUAACUCCCACUAAACACAGGUAGACUAGGACAUGAAUUCCCUUGUGUUGCUCAAACUCCAACUUCAAUAUAUCAUACCAAAUGAAAGAUAUUUGAAGGACCUCUUAAGUCACCCAGUCCACUUCAUUUCAAGUUUUAACCCUGCAAAGUAAAAUACUGCAGCUUUGUAGAAAUCAUUCACAGCUUUAUUGUGACUCACAAUUUAAAAACUAAAACCGUCUGCUCAUGUGGAGUUUCUAUGUCUGCCUUCUUUACAUUUUGACGCAGUUUGCCCACGUAGGCUUCCUGUGGACUUCCAUGUUCAUGCUGGUCUUCCAGGUGCUUCUGUUAGCUCUUCUGUAGUAAACCCUGCGGUGUAGGGCAAACUUAUUUACUGAGAACAUCAUUACAUCACUCUCAGCCUAUAACUUAGCCCAGAGAGAGCGAGCUCCAGGCUGUCGUAAAGGCACCGUUAGCAAAUGGUUUGUCUACUUACAGUGGGGGAAGAGCCACAGCACUCCUGGCACCAUGAGCACAAAUGCUCUCUGUAGUGGUUAUCGUGCUUGUAGUGUUCCUUUAACACUGAAUCAUUUGCUGGGAUGUAGCGCUCAACAUGGCUAACCACAUCAUCCUUCAGAGGCAACAGAGCAGGAGGCAACACUUCCUUCAAUACUACAAAUAGGGAAAUGGUUUAAAAAAAAAAUAAAAUAAUAAUAAAUAAAAUAAACCCAACCUCCACCCAAAAACAAAUAAAUAAAAACAAAUAAUCCUAAAUAAACAAAAUAAAUAAAAAAUAAAUAAAUAAAUAAAUAAAAUAUAUAUAUAUAUAUAGAAAAUAAACCCAACCUCCACCCCAAAACAAACAAAUAAAAUAAAUUAAAAAUAAAAUCCUAAAUAAACAAAAUAAAUAUAUAAAAUAAAUCCUUAUUAGGUGAUUGUCUCAGUGUGGAAUCACAUUUGUCUUAGUUACCAAUAAACAAGUCUUCCUGCUCUGCCUCACUGUACACGACCCUCCCAUAGCAACAGACCCCUAGCAACAGACCACGAGCGCAGCUCUCCCAGGCCUGUAUCCCCAUGGCAACCAGGGAAUCCUACCCUCGGCGUUACCAUGUCCCCGCGAGGCGGGCCUUCCUGCCAGGGGGGGUGACGUCACCACCCGCCGCCGUGACCCCGGAAGCAGUAAGCCCGUGCUGUUGUUGGGCUUCCGGAACGCCGUUCGCUCCUGUCUGGCUGCGGCCUCGGUGUUUGUUUGUUUCCCCCCCCCUCCUGUUAUUGUUUCGGUGUAGCGGUCCUGGGAGGUGAGUGACAGCUAGUUAUAAGACCCCUCCCAGACGCCUGGAGUGUGACGUCAGAGCUCCCCUCUCCGGGUGACGUCAGAGGUGUUAAAGCGUUCACCCCCUCUCCUGCAGGCUGAGCUGUGUGUGAGGUCACUGGGGGCUGUGUCUCUCUAUGGCAGGGGUCCUCACACUCCGGGCCCCCCGAGAUAUCGCUGAACUACAACUCCCAUCAUUCUCUGGCUAUCUAUGUAAUUCAAAGAAUCAUGGGAGUUGUAGUUCAGCAAGAUCUGGGGGGCCGGAGUGUGAGGAUCCCUGUUCUAUGGCUUGACUUGUGAUUAUUGUAUAUUAAUUAGAAAUGACACAAUUAUGAGAUUGCUCCCCAUUUUCAAGUGCACCAGAGAGCACAUGCAAAUAUAAUGGUACCCUUAUUAUUUAUAAGGCGCCAACAAAUUCCAUAGCGCUGUACAAUAGGUGGAUUAACAGUCAGGGAUUUGCAAAAAGACAAGUUGGACCAACAGGAAGGGAGGGCCCUGCUCAAACAAGCUUUCAUUCUAGAGGGAGCAGAGUAAAGUGGCACAAGAAGGACGGGUAGGAGGUAUUUCAUGCACGGGAAAAAGUAGGUUAUUAGAAUAGUAUACAAUGAAGGGUGAGUUUUUUUUUUUUUUAUGGAUGACAUACUUGCAGCAGAGGAAGCAGGAAGGUAGGAUACCAAGGGGCGGGGGAGGGAAAGCUAUUAACAGUUUAAGUGAUAUACAUAUAACAGGAAACAUGCAAUUCAAUUUAUAAAUUGCUUUUUUGGGGGGUAAUUCUAAGUUUUUAUUGUAUGAUUUUUCAUAGAAAAGAUACAUAGAGAAGGGAUUCGGCCGGAGAAGUUCCCCGUCACUUCAGCAAGGUUCACAUGGAAUAGCGGUAUUAAAUAUUCAACUCGAUAAAUUACAGAAACAGUUUCAGAUAUCACAGAGCAAAUAUGAUAAGGUAUCAUUAGCACAUGACCGGAAGACAUUUCGGUAUCGAAGAUGCGGUCUGAUGAUAUUUGACUGGCCUUCCACCCGUCUAUCUGUGUUUUGGUGUCCAUGUGCAGUAUGGUAGAGCAGGGAUGACAUUCAGGGUUUUUACCAGUACCUCAUCGUGGCACGGCCGGACUCAUAGUGGAGUGAUCAGACUGUUUUAGCGUUUAUUUCAGGUAUAGGUGUGGAUAAAGAGCUUGUGGAAUGGCCUCCCACCUCGUCUUCCAUCACACUCCUAGUGUGACGAGUGUAAGUCACUGUUGGCCUAUGCUUUACCCUGUGCUACAUCCCACACUCCUACAUCCUGUUCCCCAUCUCCUGCCCUGGUCUACGUAUUGUGUAGAUUUAGUCAUCACAGUAAGUUCCAUUCCCUCCACCCACCACUCCCGGUCAGUCCCUCAGCAGGUUUUGGUACGUAUAGAAAGUAUUUUUGAUAAUGCCGAUUCCGAAUAUAGCGUUAGUUGAAAUAGUUAUAAAUUGAUUUUUAUGGCUAUUUGAUUGAAGGUAGGGGGUUGCAGUUGUUUUAAAGAAUCUCAGGCUGGUAAGAUUUAAAUAAUAUUUACAGGCAGGUAACUCCAUGUAUACAUGUGGUUCUGUAGGAACAGUUUGCCCACCUUUGCUACCAUUCAGUUCUAGAGGGAUGUUUAGAACAACCAGUGUCAUAAUAUGCUCAUUUCACUUUAGGGACACCGGCCCUGUAUAGUACUUCAGGUUGUUAAAGUUUGUUAGAGGUCAGCUAUAUUCUCACUCUGACCUAUUUUACAAAAGUACAUCUGAAAUGAGAUGGUUUCCUUCCUCGCUUGCUUUGAACUGUAGUUCAAAGCAGAAAUGCUUUUCAUGAUGAUUAACAUUGUUGACAGAUUACAGUAAUUCCUGUGCAGGCACUGUGUUCCAAUGCUUCUCUAUGAGAAGUAUCUUAUUGGACACAAGCCAUCUGAUGAUUUCACAGGAGGCGGACAUGUCUGCCACAAGGAGACACACCUAGUGCUAGAAUAAAGAUGGGUUUAAGAGGACCUGUCGUCUUUUUUUUUUUUCCUUUGGAUUUCUUUUCCUUAUGCCACCUGUAUUGUAAUGAUUAUACUCCCCUCCUUGCCACUUGCCUUUUGUUUAUAUUUAGUUCCAUUUUAUUUUCCUCUGUCCAUCUUUAUUUUAUUUUCCCUUCUGUGAGACUAAUUUUACUGAUGUAUAUUGGGUACAUUUGUUUGGCAACUGAAACACAACCUUGCUUUAAGCUCCGCCUAUUUUCAAGUUUUGUCAACCUGACUGUUAAAGGGACACUGUAGGAACCCAGACCACUUUGGGUAAUUGAAGUGUCCUGUGUCCCUUUUGCAUUUAGUGUUGCAAUGUAAAACAUUAUAGUUCCAAGUCUGCCCUCUGUGGUUGUCUAACAGACAGCCACUGGGGGCGCUUCCGGAUUCGUAACAGACUUUUGGUCCAUUAUCUGACGCUGGACGUCCUCACGGACCUCCAGUGUCAGAUUUCCCCCAUAGGAAAGCAUUAUUCAAUUGCUGCGCAUGUGCAUUAGGUCUCCCCCUGCUGGCUUGGGAGGAGCGUGGGCAGAUUGGAUUUAGGUAAAUUUUAACCCCUUCAGCGACAUGGGAUGUGGGGCGGGAGGGAAGGGGGCACUCCAGGAUUCUCUAGUGCCAGGUAAACGGGUUUGUUUUACUGGCACUGGAGAAUCCCUUUAAACUUGAAGAAAAGUAGUCUCUACUUUAUUUUAUAUAUUUUAUGAAAACUAGAGCAUUUAAGAAAUACAGAGGUUCAGACACAGGGGGCUAUAUAGAUUAGACAAAGUUUAAUUUUGGUGACAGAGCCGCUUUAAUGCCUCAACAGGGGAGGUUGCCUGCAAUCUAAUGAGUUUAAGAAACACUCUAAUUUAAAAAAACCCAAAACUUAUUUUUGUAAUUCGUGUUCUUUCUUCAAAAAGAUAUACCUCUUAUGAAUGUGAAUACACAUUCUUCUCACUUGUUUUGGGUUUAUCAGAGACCAAUCUUUUCUUACAACAACAAAACUUAAUAUGUUUUAUCUCGUCAUAAAUAAUUUAAUUAAUAUGGAAUGAACUCCCUCUCCAGACAUGACAGGCAUAGUCUCACCUCCCUUAUAAUUAGUUUUUACAUACAACAUGCUUCCUGGAGACUGUUCUUAUCUUUGUGAUUAUAUGCAGUACCCUAAAAGAGCAGAUCUAAAGUGCGUAGAAUUUGUAUGCGACAACAGGUAAAUUGAUUAAGGUUGUUAACGUAUAGAUUUAUUUUUUGUUUUCUUCAGCGCUUUGCAAUAUUAUGAAAAGGGGGAAAUAUUACAAUAAAUAAAAAAAUUACACAGUGACACAGGAACAAUAGGUAGAUGAGGACACUGCUCAAACAAACUUACAGUCUAGAGGAGGUGGGGUACAAAAACACAAUAGGGAAGUAAGAGAGACAGCCACCAAACAAGGUGGAAAAGUAGUAGUACUUAUCACGUAUUGGACGUGAUCAGUAAACGUAAUGAGUAUUUGGAUACCUAGGUAUGUUGCCAUCCUAAAUAUUAAGCCACAGUGUGUAUAUUUCAGGUAUGUAUACUUCCUACAUGCCAAACACAGAGCAAGUCUAUCUUGUGUUCUUCCCAACAUCAACAUUAGCUAAUUAGUUUCAAUCUCCUAAUGAUAGACUUCUCUUCUUGUCCAUUCUUCUGGCAAUUGCCGCGCAUGCGUUGAUGGUCCAUCAAUGCAUCUUUGUGUGAAGCAUUUGAUUGGACCUUGACCAAGAAAAAGAUGACGCACGGUGACUGCAGAGGGCAAUGGGUGGAGCGGAUCAGGGAAUAACCUGACCUGACAGUGAAUUCAAGGUAAUUAUUUAGCUAUUUUACAAUUUUAAAAAACUAAACCAGUGAGUGAAAAUAAGGCAAAAAUAUAAAUAUAUUAGAGUAACUUUUUAAAGUUGCGUUGUGAAUUGGCUUCUCGUAUAUAAAUACAAGUGGUGGUGGUAAUCCAUGAAGAGCACAUUAAUUAUAUCUGCUAGGUAGGAGAAUGAAUGUCGUAGAUAAUACAUUAAAAUAUACGCAAAACGAGAAAUUAAUAAAGAAAAAAAAACAAGGAUACUCCCAUGAUACUCUCAUUUGAAGAUUAUGCAUGUUCUGUAAGUCUAUGAGCCCUGCAGCUUAAAGAACUGUGAUUUUUAUGGUAGUGAGUUCUCAUUCUCUUAGCCCAAUAAAAAGAAAUAAAAGAAUUUCCUGGAAUGAGGAAAGCAGCGGAAAUAAGUGUGGAACACUAUUAUCCCUAGAGCACUUCCAUACCUAGGUGCAGCAUCGUCACACAAUACUCUGGGUUAUCUUUGAUAAAUGCUGAGAAAGUGACCUACAAGUGCCCUUGUGUCUGUGUGCACAGCACCAUGGAAGUCAAGGUCCAUGGAAGUCAAGGCCCUUACUGUGUUCUGAGAAUGUGGCAUAUGAUGCUUUUUGUAAAACAAGAGUUUGUUCAAACCGAAAAGUAACUCAGCCAUUCAUGAUGCUUAUUUAUUUUCUACAGUGGUUUAGGACACAACAAGUCUUUUUCCUUGUUUUAACUUAACCUAGGUCUUGCGCCAAAUAUUUGGCAAAUAUUUAUUUCCUGAUUUCCAUAAAUCGCAAGAAGCAUUGGCUUGACAGCUUCUGGGGUUUGCUACAGUUGCACUAUGUGUCCAUAGUUCUUCUCUACGAGAAGUAUCUGAUUGGGCAAAAGUCAUCAGUCUUGAUAGAAUAAUGGUGAGUUUAAUUGCAUUUUUUUUAAUUAAGAAAAACAAAAAACACACAAAAAGAGCCCAAUAUUCAAAACAAAAUAUAAACAUGUAAUUAAAAAAAAAAGAAGAUAAUUAGUGUUUCAUUAAAAGAGUACUCUAAACACCAUACCCACAACAGUUAUGAAGCCAUUGACUUUUUAUUUUAGGUUUGUUCGUGAAUCAUUAGAUUUGUAUUUUUACCAUAAAUUAAAGGAAUAUUUCAAGCACCUUAACCACUACAGUGUGCUGCUGUGGUUAUGGUGCUUGUUGAUCCCCCUCCUCAUUAUAAGUAGUCAAACUACUUGAAUAAUUAUCUUGGGUAUAUUUUCUGCCAGUUUUUGGUCACUGUCUCUUCUAUACCUGUAAGAGCUUCCUAUAGCUCUCCUAAGCUAAGCCCUGCACCAUUGGACUUAGCUCAAAGCACAGAGCUUCUGGCUCUCUAUAGAGCCAUUGACCAUUGCCUGGCAGCCAGAGGUAAGAAGUCCCAACUAUUACUAAACAGAUGGGUUACUUACAUGAAGGAGUAGAUGGUAGGGCACAUCUCGGAUCAAAACCAUUAUAGUGCACUUUAUAAUCAAUAAAUUUGAUAAUGUUUUAGUUCUAAAUCUGACUAAUAGAGAAACGUAUUUGUUAGGCAUAAAUAAACCACUUGAGGGAUUAUUAUUAAAGGGACACUAUAGUCACCAGAACCAUUACAGUUUAAUGCCUUUCCCUGCAGGCCUUUUAAUGUAAACGCUGCCUUUAGAGAGAAAAGGCAGUGUUUACAUUACUGUCAAGUAACACCUUCAGUGGCAGUCACUCAGACCACCAAUAGAGGUGCUUCUUAUCUCAGUGUUUCUCAGUGUGCAGCGCCUACAGUCUGUCACGAUUCCGGAACCUAACACGCUAACAGGUCACAGAGAGGAAGGAUGCUAUACCGGUCCUUAGAGUGGCCGGGCUAAGCACACUAAGAAUAGUCAGGAGACAAGCCAAGUAAAGGGAGCCAGAAAACGAGAGAACGAGAAACAAGCCGAGGUCAAAGGAGUGGAGAAUACGGGAAAAUCGGAAUAACGAGCCAAAUAAUCAGUAACCAGAGAGAAACACGAGCAAACUGCAAUACAGGUAUCACAAGACCACAGCAGGGCACUGAGAGACAGGAAAGGUAAGUAUAAAUAUCCUUUGCUUAAUUCUGAUUGGAUAACUUCCAAUCAGAAUUAACAAUCACACAUGGGAGAUAUCUACGCCUCCCACUGUGAUUGUGGUACUGUUGCUUUAACGCCGGGUCACGUGAGUGACCCCGGCGUUUGCAUAAAAGUGCGACCUCCCAGCGUGCAGCGUUAUACAUGCUGCCGCUGGGAGGCGUGGAGGAGGAUGCGAGCGGCGCGCAGCGGAGGGGAGACGCCGCUCGCCGACAGGUAGGAGGAGGGGAGACCCCUGACACAGUCAGCUUUUCCACGCACUGCAUGGAGGCACUGAACACUCACCAUAGAUGGUAAACUCUGUGAGGAGUUGCUGAUUGGCGCAUUUUGCCGCGCAUGAACAAUAGUCUUCCAGUGCUUUCUAAUGGGAUGGAGAAAAGGUAACUUUUGGAAUACCUUUUCACUGCUAUCUGAGGAGUGCUGGUCCCCUAAACAGACACUCCAACACUAUAGUGUUCCUUUAACUCAUAGUAAAAAUGUUAGACCUGGCCAGUGGUUUAACUGUGAAGUUGAUGCUCCUGCACCCAGCACUUUCCUCUCUGCACUGCAGUAUGAAGAGUGGUUUGCUGGUGAUAGGCUGAGAACGUCAAAUGAUGCGCUCGGCCAACUCUCUGCCUAUUGUGUGCCCAUUGAGAGAAAUAGUACUUUUAAAAAAUGUUUAAAAAUUAUUUUUUGGGGUUCUUUGUACGUUGCAUUUUUAAAGUGCUGUUUUACAUGUUUGUUUGUGUAAAAUACAUAUAUGGUACUAAGAAUUGAAGCAAUUUGAACUGUUUAUUUUCUCUGACACUUGCAAUCGGCCAAAUAAAUUCUUUGUUAAUUUUAUUUAAAUUGGUGUAGGCCAAAAUUUGUGUAAACACUCUUUUAUCUAAUGAUGGUAAACUAGUUACAAAGGCAUGCUUCCUCUAUGGUACAGAAUAGUCUAGUCCAUUUCUUAUUGUUAAACUUAUCUGAAAAUAACUGUUAAACAAACAGGUAUAUUUAACAGAGUUUUCAUUUGCUUGGAAAUUAAAAGCAUGCAGUGACAGCCAAUUUGCACCAAAACCACUUUAUUGCUUUAGCAAUUCUGGUGCAGAAAGUGUCCCUUUAAAAGAUAGGUGCUAAUAUUGAAUAAAGUAGUUUCAUAUAUUUUUACUAGACUAUAAGGGUGUUGUUUGAGAAGAUUUCAUGGAAGCUGCACGCCAUGUGCAUAUUAUAACAUGUUAAGUGAAGAUAUUGCACAGGCAUGUUGGCUUCAUUGAAGUUAGGCUUUCUACAUGUGUGAAGACGCUUUGCAUAUAUGUAUUAAAGAUGCCAUUUACUCAAUAACUCAGAAUACAGAUUAUCAGGUGGUGUAACAGACCGUUUUGCACACAAGGUGUAAAAACCGUUUAGGCGAUCGUCCCCCUUUCCAGAGAUGCAGGCACAGCUACUGUAGAACACCAAAUUCACGAACCGCCAAUAAGGGAAUGCUCCAAACUCCCGAACGGCAUCCAAUAUAGCACUCCAAACACACGAACUGGAACCAUACGACUCACUGCUAGCAGACGAAUAGGAAAGCAUCCAAGCGGCUUACACUCCUAGCAAUCAGUCUCUAUCAGCAUUCAGUAAACCGCCCCCAAAGACGAGACAAGGCUCCGUAUUGUGUGUCAAGCAGUGGUCUGUUUAAUGAGGGCUACCUGCCCAGUAUUUAUGCAGGUCUCCCACCUGGUGGACAGUCCCGUAGGGGACCAAAUGGGAGACUGUGACAAAAGACAGACAAGUAGACAGGACACACAGUCACAUUGUAUUCCCACGAUGCAUCCUGGCUUCCUCCCCUCUGCCUUGGAGAUAAUUAAGAAGUAAUUCAAUUAUCUCCCAAGACACAGGCAAAUCGCCAUUAUGCACGUGCGGAUACUAAAACAGGAAUUACUGUUAAAAUACACCAUGUAAGACACAUUACAAUAAAACUAUACAUUUAACAUGUCCCCAGAUAGCUCAGGUCUGAGCGCACAUUAUUAGGCGAAUGGCGCUCAGAUUACACGAAUACAGUUCAGUCGCUAUGGAGCCAAAGUCUUUACACAGUCAGUUCUCAUGCGAAUGGGCUCCAUGGGAUUCCUAUCUGGGGUAUAACAUAGACAAGUAAAACUACCGAACACUGGCCGUUCGUGUACUUCCACCGAACAAGAAGGGAGGUCGGCGGCUUCAGCGGUGUUCGCGCAAAACUGUGUCCGAUUUUAGUUCCAUGAAUUAAGCGUCGAACACCGCUGUACAUUCGCAUGUUUCAAAUGGCCGCGACUUCGUGAUAGGAAUGGCGGCCACCCAGCAUUCGCCAAUUAAGCUGCGGUUAACCGCAGCUUCAGGGAGGUUAAUUGGCGGCACACUCCAGCUCCCAGGUGGUCUAUUCAUUUGUGCGGUUGUUCGGUAGAUUGAAUCUACUGAACCCCAGGCAGAAAAUCACGAAUAAGUCUUUUCUGCCGGGAAAAAGAUGUCUUUUAACAUGGGGUCAUAAUCCAAAGGCAGCAGGCGAGCAACCAGGCUUCUCCAAUGCAAUGUGGCGAGAUUGCUCUCGUCACAGGUGGUAUCUGAGUUCCAUGCCUGCUCAUAAAUAACACUGCUCAUUAUGUGAUAGUAGUGCUUGCUUAGACUUUUAGUGCUUUUCCCUUAGGCAUCCAUUAGUCAUAUUGUUUACCUUAUGGAAUAAUUGAAUUACUUACUGCUGUACUGUAAAAUAGAGUGGUUUGUUUUGUUUAGCAUACUGUGUUAUAGCUUUAAAUAUAAAUCGGGUAGAGAGCAGACGGAAACAAUGAAUUACAUUAAAUUGACUCUAUUUCUAAUGAAACACAAAUCACUUAGCAGCAGUUUGUAUUAAAAAUGCUUGAUUUAUAAUUUUCAUGCUAAUGACAAUAUGAUAUAAGUUAACCGCAAAGUGUACAAUUAAAUUUGAACAGUUUUCAAGUAACGUCUAUGGUUUCCAUGCAGAGAUCGUUUUUCUGAUGCAGCGCAAUGGAUGAUGAAGAGAACCAGGAUCAGCUAAUUAACAGAAACUCCUCACAAGGAAAGAGCCGACGGCAAGUUUCCAUCCUGGCCAGCGAUGAUGGUAAUUCUUACUUUCCAGUGCUAAUCAAACUGUCAUUGUUAUUCACCCACGUGGAACUGAGACAGAGGUUGCAAGUUUUAGCCUUAAAUAGUGGACUAUGAAAAAUUUGCCAUUUCAUGUAUUUUGGCCUCUAAUUUGGUUGCUAAGUUUUGUCAAGCUCUCAGCCUUCACUAGUGACAGCUGAGGAGAAAAGGGCUUUUUUGUUCUGUGGAGGAUUCUGUGGUCUCAUCUGAUCCUCCAUAGAUAUCAGUGUUGCCCUCUCGCGCAUUCGCGAGACUACAGCACUGAUGUCAGCUCCUGGCAGCCAGGAGUUAAAGAGGAUCCUGCAGAAGAAGAUGGAGGCUACGAGGGACAGGUUCAGGUAAGUAAAGCUCACCCUUACCUGCAAUCUUUGCAAAACAUGCUAAGACCCCAGAAGGUGACAGAUGCUUUAAAUCUACACUGUUACUUAUUAAUUUUUUAUUAAGACACAGUCUAAAUAACUACAUAGGCAUGUAAAUUAAAUUUCAAUGCAAUAAAAAGACUACUUUAUUCUUUUUUCAUGAAAAAUGUAGCAGAGUGUGGAACUCUCUUGACCUUUGCCAUCAGCUUAUGACAGGUGGUGGUAGAUGCAAGAGAUGCCUAGGUGAUCUCUUUGCUCAUGUGCAAGAUCAUUACUGGAAGGUAUCACAGUUCCUUCACUAGACCCCUGUAGUAAAGACUAGCCCAAUUUUCUUUCUGUACUGUAUUGUAUUGUAUUCCUCUGCAUCUCUAUUUCCACAUUGGACCUGAGAUUUUCUUUGAUAUUACCUCAUCUGUUCAUAUAUGUGCAUUAUAAAUUGACAGUGAGUGAUUUAAAUUGAGCUUCUUGUUGGCAAUCAACACUUGAACAUGUGUUUUUCAUAACUCAAUAUACCUUUUAUAGACUUCUCCACUCCCCAAUCUGCAAUCUAAACUUAUUGCUGUGUCACAAUUAGACCUUCAACCUGUUCUGAUUGCAGAAUGUUUGUGUUUUUGUGGCAUGUCUGCUUUUUGUACUGUGUUAUCAAACUUUACAGAGUAUAUCAUCCCCCAGCAAGAGAGAACCUCUGUCAAUACAGUAUAUUAAAUAAUGCAUUGGAAAUACACAAAUUAGAUUAAAUUUAAAAAAAUGCUAAGCUCUGAAGUUCAUGUGUUUGCAACAUCCAGCUUUGUGCACUUUUCAGACUAGGAUCCAGCUAAUAUUUGAAAGCCAAUUCUGUGGUUGUUUUCAGUGGGAGUACUGAAUGUAUCCCAUGUACUCCUGACCACUGGAGGAUACUGGGAUAUCUAGUUAGUAUAUAGCAGCAGGCUUAGAAAGUGCAAAUUAAACUUCCACGCAAGCUAACAAAAGUACAUCCAAGUAUCUGUUCAUGUUUGUUUUAUGAGGGAGAAGGACCUGUGACAUACAUGGGGGUAGGGGUGAUAGGCUUAUAGAUGCAGUGAUUUUUUUUUUUUUUUUACGAAUUCGUGUAGCUGUAAAAAAAAUAAAGAGAUGAGGUUUCAUUGUGCCAAAACGUGUGUCGUGGAGUGUAGACUAUUUUUUUUUUAGUGCAUCUUUUAAAUGUGGGAUUUUCUGUGAUUUUGCAGCAUUGACAGGUUCUCAUUAUUGGAAUAACAGGUUUUGUAGUGCAGUAUGUUUGUUUGCUCACUUAUAGUGUAUGUGGUAUAUUAGGCCAAAAUAGAGAAGCCAGUCAAAACGGAUGUGUGACUGUUCAAGGAGAGGCAGUUUAAUGACAUUGGCUAUUGCCACUGCAUAUUUUGAUAACUUAGCUUCUUUAUCACUGGUUCCAGAAAAGAGGUAUUAGUUAACCUUUUAUUGAAAAUAUUCCUUUUAUGUUUAUAAUGUUUAGUUGUUUUGGGAAUCAUUUCACUCUAUUUAGUCUUUAAAUUUCAAGUUGUACCCUACUGGUCAGGCUUUAAAAGUAAUUUUUCAUUGCAAGCCUGGAGGAUUCAUUGUAAGAGAUGGGAAACCUGUGGAUUAUUAUUUUUUUAUUUUUUUUUUGGGAAAUGAAAAUGGAGAGCGGAGGCCUUUGGGGACAUAAAAUGCAGUGUGUAAUAAAGUAUUAUUCUUAUAAUAAAAGUACAGCCUUUUCUGUAAAUAGUAAAAUAAGUUUGCUUUUUAACCCCUUAAGGACCAAGCUUCUGGAAUAAAAGGGAAUCAUGACGUCACACAUGUCAUGUGUCCUUAAGGGGUUAAAAAAAUGUUUUGUUACAAAGAUUCUACAUGGUCUGAAUUUGUUAAAUGGACACUACAGUCAUCUAGACCAUUUCAUCUGAAGCAGUGUGGGUGCAAUGUCCAUGUCCCACUUAAUCCUGCAUUGUAAGUCAUGGCCGUUUUUGAGAAACUGUAAUAAUUACAUUGCAGGACUAAGACUGUCUCUAGUGGCUGUCAAUCAGACAGCCACUAGAGGCACUUCCUUGGUGCUAGCGGACUCUAGGUCCCCUAGAUGACGGAUGAAAAAACUUUGUGAAAAAUAUUUGUUAGUUUCCAUUGCUACCAUUUACCGUUUGCCGUUUACCGUACAUUUACCGUUUGCGUGAUAUCCUCCAGGUGGAGAAUAGACUAGUGAACAAAUGCUUUUCAUUCUAUUAUAAUCAUAUCAAAUUCCUUUUAAUCUAUGGCCGAAUGAAUUGAUCCGUCCGGUGUUUAUUUGUGGAGUCUUAUUUGUUUACUUAGAUCCAGAUGUAAAUCCUAGACAAAUUGAUUAGUUUGAGUGUGGAAUAAAAGGAUUUGUAUUUGUUCGUACCAUCUGAAAAGCUUUUGUGCACAGGUCGGUUUUGGAAUCAGACAACUAUCAUAAAUAACAUAAUAAUAAUAAUCAUGAAAGUAAAUUUUUGUCAAACCUCCGCACUCCUACUUAACUUCAUGGUUGAAUACGAAGUUAUUUGUUAUUCUUUGUUAUUUAGAAAGCUAUACAUUUUCCACAUUGUGUUUAAUUCUGUGAUGCUCAAUAGGCUUAAAGGGAUUCCUGGCAAUAUAGGCUCUUGCAGUGCCCCCCUCCCUAGCACCCCACCUCCCGUGGUUCAGUCACUUACCUGAACCCAGCGCCGAUGUUCCUCGGAACCGGGUCAGGCUCUGCCCACACUCCUCCCCCUGCCGAUGUCAGUCAUCGUGGGAAAACCUAAUGAGCAAGCGCGGCAAUGGCCGCGCUUGCAUUAAGAUAAUAAUGCUUUCCUAUGGGGAAAAAUUUGACGCUGGAGGUCCUCAUACAGAACGUCCAGCGUCAGAUAACGGACCAAAGGUCCGUUUCGAUUCUGGAAGUCCCUAUAGUGGCUGUCUGGUAGAAACUUCUCAGAAACUGCAACAAUUACCACUGUAGGGUUAAGGGACAUGGGACAUUGCACGCAGACCACUUCAAUAAGCUAAAGUGGUCUGGGUGCCUACAGUGUCCCUUUAACUUGCUAUGUAUGAAAUAUGUGGAAUAAAUUGGGGUUUGAAGCUCCUGAUUAUUGCUUAGGAGCUUCCAAAAUUUCUGGCUAUUGAAUAUCCUCUCUGGUAUUGUGCAACGUGUCUGUAGAAGAGUUUUAAAGAGCAAAUGGGUAACUUAUUGUAUCUGUGUUUUAAUGGUUCUCUUCAGACCUUUGCCCUUUGCUGCAUUCUUCAUUGCUCAGUGGUGCAUGCAGGACAUCUUAAAGGCUGCCAGAAUCUUACAGCAAACAGACACACCCCUAUCAUACUUCUUUAGGGAAGCUCAUUAGUUGAUGAAUUUAACUUUUUCCACCUUGCAUAUAUUGUCUUGCUUUGCCUGUCUUAAUUCUGCUGUACAUUUUAGCUUUUGUUUAAUUAUUUCUUAGAGCUGUGUGAGUGGGUUACUUUUUAUCCUUUGUUUCUGCAUAACUCCAUUUUAUUUUAUCAUUAAAGGGAUGCUAUAGGCAUCAAAACAACUUUAGCUUAAUGUAGCAGUUUUGGUUUAUAGAUCAUGCCCCUGCAGUCUCACUGCUCAAUUCUAUGCCAUUUAGUAGUUAAAUCACUUUUGUUUCUGGCCAUGCUACCCUAGCCACACCUUCCCUGGCUGUAACUGACAUAGCCUACAUGAAAAAAAUGGUUUCAUAUUCAAUCAGAUAUUUACUUACUUUAGAACUUGUUAUCUCCUGGUCUGUAAAUUGUACUUUGAUCACACACAGGAGGCCCCUGCAGGGUUUAGGAGGCUAUUAACAGAGCAGAAGAUAAGAACUUCUAGAUUGAACCGACUAUGCAAUAAAGGAACCUUAAAUAUCUAGGUUAUUUUUCAGAAAGUGUUUGUUUAGUAAGGCUUUGCAGGGAGGUGUGACUAGGACCGUAUAAACAAAAUGAGUUAACUCCUAAAUGGCAGAAAAUUGAACAGUGAGACUGCAGGGGCAUGUGCUAUACAUCCAAACCGCUUUAUUUAAGCUAAAAUUGUUUUGGUGUCAAGAGUGUCCUUUUUGCUUUGUUACAUAUUUCCCUGCAGUAAAUACUUCAAUACUUGGUUGAAUAUAAAAAAAAAAAACACCAGGCAAAUUGAAUUAAAAACAUAACAUUUCAGGUUGCUUGGACAGUAAUGGGAAAAAGAAAAAUGACACUCAUUUGAAAAUGUUUCUAUGAACUUUUCAUAUUUAUUGGGAUUAUUAGACAAUGGUAUAUUUAUUCUUUGUUUUCAGAUGAUGUUGAAGACUCUGAAUCAGGGAGUGAUGAGGAGGAUGAUCUGGAAGAAGGGGGUGAAGAUGAAGAUGGAUCCAGUAAGCAUCUAAUAAGACAAAAGCAUUGAAUUAUGUAUAGUAGUAAUUGAGAGCACACUGCUGUAGCUACAUUUUUUUUUAAAGGAACACUAUAAGGUCAAGAACACAAACAUGUAUACCUGACCCUACUGUGUUAAAACCAAAAUCUAGCUCCCUUCCCCUCUCCCCCUUGCCUCUCUUAAUAUAGUAAAAUCUUACUUGUAUGCAAGCCUGCAGCUGCUGCCUCGGCCCCUGAAAUGCCUCUGUCUGCUGACAUCAUCAGAAGUGGUGGUCUGAGCCAAUCACAAUGCUUCCCCAUCGGACUGGCUGAGACUGUCAAGGAGGCAGAUCAGGGGCAGAGCCAGCACAAGCCAAACACAGCCCUGGCGAAUCGGCAUCUCCCCAUAGAGAUUAAUUGAAUCAGUGCAGCUCUAUGUAGAAAUUUAAGUGUCUGCAUGUAGAGGGUGGAAACACUGAAUGGCAGUGCUGCUCACUAUGCAGCACUGCCUCAGAAAGCACCUCUUGUUGCCAUCCGAUGAGUGGCCAGUGAUGUUAUCACUAGGCUGUAAUGUAAACACUGCAUUUUCUCUGAAAAGACAGUGUUUCUGCAAAAAGGGAAUGAUUCUACUCACCAGAACAAAUACAAUAAGCUAUAGAUGUUCUGGUGCCUAUAGUGUACUGUUAAUCUUGGUUCAGCCAACUCUGGCUACAAAAAAGCCACACUUUCUGUCACACUAUUACUGGUGUGCACAAUGUCAUGACCUAAGUUUGAGAUGGUGAGAUGUUUACCUAUCCACAGUAGAACAUUGACAAUUGAACGACAACCCCCAGAAACCUAAGUUAUAGCUUUAAAGCUAAGCUUAUGGGAUAAGCUCCAUCAGUAUUAUUUAUAGUAGGUUAAAGGGACACUAUAUGCACUCUUACCACUUAAUCUCAAUAAAGUAGUCUAUAUGCUAUGUCUCCCUCACUUUUUAACCCUGUAAGUGCAAACAUUGCUGUCCUGCAGGAACAGAAAUGUUUGAUUUGCAGGGUUUAAGUGCCUCUAGUGUCUGUCACUCUGAGGCCCUUCCUCUGAAAUAUCCGAAUUUAACUCAUAGAGACUGAUUGGCACAGCUCUGCAUUUUGCUGCGGAUACGUACUAGCCUCCUAAUGCUUUCCUAUAGGAAAGCUUUCGGAUUGACUGAGAUCAUCAAGAUUGAUGACCACAGCUAAGGAGAUGGGGUCAGCAGCGGAGAGAGCAACAUGGCAGGGGAUAAAAGGUAAGUGAUAACUUUUUAACCCUAUCCAGGUGGGGACAUCACCUGAACGGUGACUCUGACCCUAUAGCAUUAAGAAUACACAUUUGAAUUCCUAAUCCUAUAGUGUUCCUUUAAGCGAGGUCCCACAGUUGGCUAAACCAUGUCCUGAUAUACCAGAUGAUACACAGCGUCUGGAUUUGCUACCAAUGCAGAAAUGUCAAAUGUGAGCUUUUUUUCUUUUUCUAUGAUUUUCUCAUUUGUUUUUCAAGUUUUUAAUGUAUUAUCAACCCAAGUCUUGAGUGUCAUUUUAAUAACGGCAAAUUAUGUUAAGUGAUACAUGAAUAAGGUGCUUACUGAGUACACAAGUGAAGACAGCCCCGUAGAGCAUACAUUAUGAGCUUGUGUUUAUAUAAUUUAACUUUGUACUUUUAAUAUCAAGGUGGUCCAGCAGUGUUAUUUUUAUAUUUGUUAGAUUCUGAGGAGGAGGAGGAUGAUGAUGAAGAUGAAGACGAGGACGACUUAGCAGUGGGUCACUCAGAUAAAGCUCAUUCCACAGAGGAUUUGAAUCCUGACCAAAGCUCAGAUGAGGAGAGGGAGAAUUGUCCAAUUUGUCUAAAUGGCUUCAGAGACCAGGUUGUGGGCACCCCUGAGAAUUGUAACCAUUACUUCUGCCUCGACUGCAUUGUGGAGUGGUCAAAGGUUAGUAUGCCCUGUAACAUAUCCAAAGACUGCAGUAGCAUUGGGAUGGCAUAGCAUUCUCACACAUAAUUAAAGCAUAACAAAAAAUAUAGCUUCAAUAUAUGCAGUCAACAUGUAUCCACAUAUGUCUGACAAUAUUUAGAAAAAAAAUUAUUGCUGUAUUUAUCAAUUUUUUUUUAAAUGUGUUAAGUUUGGUCUAAAAUAUGUGAUCUGUAAGUCCAUUCAAAAUGCUGUAGUGGAGCAGGCUGACUUGGAAGUCAGAAACAUAGCUGUGGAAGCUGUGUUUAUACAUUUCACAAAUCCAUAAAUAUACACAGAGACAGAAGGGCUGAGCAAACUAUUUCUAUAUAUCACAGCAAAAGCUUUUGCCUUGCUCUAAUUCUCUGCAGUCUAGUAACUUAAUAGGAAUAUGAAGACAAGGCAUGUAGGGCUUUAGCAGUAGCUCAUUAUCUUCAACAAAAUUGUAGGGGGGCUUCUACUUGGAGCAUCUAAGAUUGUAGGUGGGCUUAUUCUUGGAGACUGUCUAAUGUUAUGCUGUUGCAUUCUUGGAAAUGUUUGAUAAUAUGUGUUAUUUUUAUGGAGAGCCAACAUAUUUCACAGCACCUUACAAUGGUUAUAAUGACAAGAGGUGGACCAUACUAUAUUAAUUAGACACAUUGGCACAAAAGGAAAGGAGAUCCAUGCCUGUAAAACAAAAAUCCAAAGUGUGUGGCACUUUACUUUUAUACAAAGUACAGAUAUAGAUGGCCAGUGAAGAACAUAAAGGGGAGUGGGACAAAAAAUAAAAACAGGGUACUUUGAAAUUAAUUGUUUUUUUCUCAUUUAGAAUGCAAACUCUUGUCCAGUGGAUAGAAUCACGUUUUCCUGUAUUCACAUACGAGCUCACUUUGGUGGUGAAAUACUGAAGAAGGUGAGUGUGAUAACUGGGUUAAAGGAACAUUAUAGUGCCAGGAAAACAAAUUGUUUUCCUGGCACUAUAGCUCCCAAUAGUCCCCCCAAUUUUACCAUUUAGUUUACACAUUUAACCUUGAACAUUUAUAAUUUUGACUAGUAACACAUUUAUGGAAUAUUCAAGGUCCCUGUAUUAAAAAAAGCCUCAGAAGUAGAAGAAGCUGAUGAGGAUCCCACAAAUUGUGAGGUCUGUGGGCGCAGUGAUCGUGAGGAUCGUCUGCUGCUCUGUGAUGGCUGUGAUGCUGGGUAAGUCAUUCUGUCACAAUACUAUUGUUUCUAUUAAUAAAUAUAAAAAGCGGUAUUUAUUUUUUGUCAUAAUGUGUUUAUAUCUUGCAAACUGGCAAAAUGAUAAAAUGAUACAUGUAUCAAAAUAUAAACAAAGAACACUCUAGUUAAAUAUGUCAAAUAUUCUGCAUUGAUCAAUGUAGCAUUAAAGAUUUGCUUGGAUGGCCACUUUUUUAACCAAUUUAACCAAUUUUUGGUUAUAAUAUCAGUGCUUCAAAUCAUGAAUGACACUCUCUGACCACUUGCAAAAUCCUGCACAAUUUUUAUAGCAUCCUUUUUAUACACAUAACUUAACUGAAAUAAAACUACAUUUAUUGUCAGUUAUGUGCCCAAUUAUGAGGGAUAAUUAUAGUCCCUUGUAUUCCAUAACUCCCUGCUUCAUAAUUCAGGAUUCGGGCGAGAUCCUAAGAUUUUCAUGGCAAGACUAUAACAUGUUAUUUUAAUACUGUGUUGUAUGUUAGAAGUAUUAUUGAUAUAUUUUACAUACAUUUUUUUUUAUAUCUAGUUACCUGGGAAUUUGUAUGCCAUCCCAUAUUCAGUGAAUAAAACUGCUUGCUAGACACACUGAUAAAUCUGAGUUUUCAGAAAUAUGUAUGCGUAUAUCAUGUGCUAUGUUGACUUAGGAAACUGGAAAGGAUCUCUGUUAAUUGUUUUGGUUCCUGCAGGUACCACAUGGAAUGCCUCACGCCGGCACUGAAUGCUGUACCCGUGGAUGAAUGGUUCUGUCCGGAGUGCUCAGGGGCUAAUGUUCCUCAGGAAGGUAACUGUCCAUCUGCUGUCAUAUUGUCAUUCUUACUUUACUUUUAUAUUUCACAUCACAUUCUUAUAAUGAAAGUAAUCUGUUAAAGUAAUAUGUUUUAUAUGAUAAGUGUGUAUUUGUAGCAGACAAAGAAUAAACAGGAACUUCAUAACUAGAGAUUUCCACUAGUGUGGUAUUCGUUAUGGCCACAAGCAAUGAGAGAUCCAUUCAUUCUACUGUGCUACUAUUUUGGGAUCAGCCAUGAGUUGGUGAGCCAAACGAUGCAUGCUACACCACAUGGAAUUGAUGGGAAAAUAUUGGUCUUGGUAGAUAUAGUAUGAUUCUUUAUUUUGAUGAGGGAUUGAAAUAGUUUCCUAAAGUAUCUGUUUUGGGAAAAAAGAAUCUUAAAAGGCUGUUUGACUCCAAGCAUCAUAACCACUACAAUAGCUGUACUGGUCAUGGUGUUUAGAUUGUCCUCUUCUUUUCAUUAUGGUGCUUGAAAUGUUCUUUUCAUUUAGGGUUGGAUGGGAAAUAGUAGUAGUAUAAGAUGUCCAUCUCUUAAAUCUGUGAAGAUGUCUUAUAGGCUUUCUGUGCCUGUUGUUUGUUUAUUACAUAUGCUACACCUGGGUGUUAGGAGCUCUUUAUUGCAUUACUUUUAUUUGAAAUGCCUUUUAAUUUUACUUUGUUGUCAGUGAUUUACUUAUUAGGACAUUAUUUUUUUGUGUUAUUAUUUUGUUUAGUGCAUAUACAGUUAAGAUAACAUUGCAGGAAGAUUGAGGUGUCAUAAACAUUUAUAAAACAUUGUCAUGGAGGAAAUAUAUUUUUAAAGUGCAAAUUGUUUGUCUGUUGUGUUUGUUGUGUUUUUUUUCCUUCACUCUCUUUCUGUUUGUCUUGCCAUGUUAUUAUUGAUUUUGGUUAUCCAGAUGAUGAACCAGUAAGUGAGGAGGAAGUGGCUGGACUACUUGCUGAUGUAAUCCCCACCACCAGCCGUCUGCGCCCUAAUGCAACACGGACGCGAGCAAUUGCGCGCACAAGACAGAGCGAAAGAGUGAGGGCAAAUGUGAAUAGAAUCCGCAUCACCACAGCACGCAAUAUUCAGGUUAGUUUCACAAAAAGAACUGGCAAAUUAUUGUUUGGCUUAUUAGAGUGCAAGGUGAGCUUGAUUAUAAGCAGAGCACAGUGUUUAUUAUUUAUCUAUGCCAAUGUUGUCUUUCUUGGAAUUUAUUCAACACAUAUCAUGAUUUAGAUAAAUAGGAGAUGUUUAUAAAUUUCUGUUUUAAUUUUUUACCUUAGGAGUAAUUGGAUAAUUAUUGUGAGUCUGUUGUUACCACACCUCGACUCACUGUUUAAGGAGCCCUAUAGUCAUGAUGAUGUUGUAAUAAUCAAGUUUAGAAAUUUACAUUAUGUUACAGGCAGCAUGGCUUUGAGUUAUGGGAGUAAAAUCACUGUCUUGAAGACGGGUAUCCUUUAACACUAUGUUCCUCUAAGCCUAUUUGCCCAUUGUGGGGUACACUGCUGUACCCUGUACACCAUUUUCAAUAAAAAAAUAUCUGGAGAAAUUACAACCAAAAGGAGACUGGAAUAUUGAACCAUGCCAUGCCAUCCUUUUUAAUGGCAUAGAUUUUUUUAAAUUUCUUCAUGAUGCUGUCCUAUUUGGCUCCUGGUUUCAGUUGCAAGGAGCCACAUCCGUGCUGGAGUGUAACACUGAGGUCUGUGGAGGAUCCCACGAGACCGCGGGAUCCUUCAUAGACUGAGCCUGAAUCCCACUGACGACAUUUGGGACAGGUGCUGGGAUUGGAUAAAAGUUGACUGGGAGCUCUGCUUUUUGCAAACUUCAUGCUUUACCGUAAAACAAAGUAGUUCCUACUUUGUCUUAUGGUUUCUUUGGAUUGAGUUGGAAAACAGUUUUGAUCAGUAUAUUGGGGUUAUUUACUAAAGUGAGAGAGAAUCCAAAGUGACUUUCAAAUUUAAGGCCAAAGUAGCCAAACUUGAAACAUAGCUGGUUUAAAGAUUUUUUUUUUUCCAUUUCAGCUACUUAAAUUUGAAAUUCACUUUGUACUCACCUUGAAUUUUCACUUUACUGAAUAAUCCGUUGUAGCUUUAUGAAAUACUGAAAAGUGACAGAUCUGCUUUAAAGUAGUAACGAAUAGUGAUGAUGCUUUGAUCUUUCUUUAGUGGUCAUUUAAUGACAUUUUAAAGGCACCCAGACCACUUCAUCUCAGUGAAAUAGUCUGGUUGCAAUAGUCCUUUAGUUUUAACCCUUUAAGCGUGGCGCCCUCACCAGGUGUGAAUUUCUAUUUGCCAGGGCAGAAUUUGCACUUGCAAGUGGCUAAUGGGAAAGUGGAAAUUCUGAGCCCUGCCUUUGUCAGAUUGCCGACGUUGAAACACAGUAUACAAGCCAAUACCUGAACACUGGUUAUGUGUCCUUAUCUCUUGGUGAAUAACUGGGGUUUCUGUAUGUUAAAUAUAGGACGUACCCAGGUACUUGAUGUCCUCUCUCCUCGAUGAAACCAUUGAAACAGUCGUUGCUGGACUUAAUACUGCUGUCUACCAGCGACCACUUGGACCUCGCUUGAUUGCAACCAAAAGGAAAAAGAGAGUUGGUAUGUGUCAGUAUUUUAUAGAGGAGCUAUUGUUCAACGAACCGAAAUAACACAUUUUGUUAAAAAAAUAAAUAAAAAAAAUGAAGGUCGUUAUAUCCAUAUGUUUUUUUUUUUAAUAAUUGAUAAUUCUAUCAGACAUCUUGUUUUUAGUCUCUUUUUUACCAUUCCUUAGUUAAAGGGUUACUCGAAUCCUUAAUAAUAAAAAAUGUUUUUAAAAAAAUGAAAAAUGCCCUAUUGGCAUUAUUUUGUAAGCCAAACUCUAUAAAAAUUAUAUUGAAAUAAGUUUUGCUUAUCUUUAUCCGGGGCUGAGCGAAGUUUCAAGUGCUUUUUUCAGUGCCCCCACUAAUGUCAUCGGCAUAAAGAAGCCUUUGAUUGGACUAUUUAGCUGGUUCAGAGCGCAUGAAAGGUAUAGGGAGGUGGGAGGUCUGUAGGGAGGGGGACACACAAGACUUCAGAGCCUGUGUUCUGGAUUUUCACGAGGUAGGGGAUUUUUAACACCUGCAAAGGAGAAUCACAUUAGGUCUAUCACCAACAUGCACUGACAACAGACGUAUUUUAUGCACAGAAUUGAUAUUGGCAGCCUGGAACAAAGUUACAUUUAUUUAUUAUAGUUGGUUUGUACACCAGAAAAUAAUAUUGUAAUAAGAAAAAGCUGAAAAAGUGAAAUUAAAACAAUUGUGUAACGUAACAUGCACAGGAAUCCCUUUGUUUUUAUUACUGUAACAAGCUACCCAACAUGUUGAACUUAAUACUUUUUUUUUCAGGAAAGAAGAAGACUAGUCAAUCCAAGGGGGCAAGAGGUGUGGGAAAGAAGCGCCGACGGAAAUUCAGGAGACGAAAAGGACGGAAGCAAACGGUGAGAAACUCAGUAUUCUCUUUCCGUACAGUAAUGAAAAGUGUACUUGCAUGCUUUUUCAUUGAUAUAGGGUUCUUUUUCCUAGCACCCACAUUUUCAUAACAGAAUAAAAGUUCCAUGCUACAAAACAAAAGUGUGUAAAUAGCUCUACAAGUAAAAUAUUUCUUCCUCUUAAAUGGGAGCAAAGGUAAACUUUAAAAUACACUUGGAAACGUAAGCUAAUAAUACCCCUGGUAUUCAGCAGAGAGUUUCAUUGUGAGGAUCUAUUUUGGAUUUCUGCUAUGAGUUGGUGUAAGUGAGAAAAUCUUUAAGUGCAUGAAUGGUGCGAUGUUUUCAGUGGCCAUGCAUAAUAAACAAAAACAUUGCUUUCUAUGAAUUGGUGGAACAAUAAACUACAUAAAGUAAAUCUCACUCACGUUCCGUAGAACCUUAUUCUGCUUUCGAAUAAACAUCAUAAUUAUGUUUGGGGUGCAGUUUUCUACCAAUGUAUUUUAUCUAUUUACAUGCAAGUUCUUUUUAUUGAGCCACAAUUACAUUUAUCACUAGCUGCAGCUAUAGUCCACAAAGUAUUUAUGAAACAGCAGCUCAUUGGCCUGAAGAUUGUGUUUCCCCCUCGCCACUGGUGUUUGUUUGCUUAGUAGUAUUCUGUUUACUUAUGGUAUAUGUUUGUUUUAAGAUGCAAGUACAUAUGCACAAAAUACAUAAAACACAUGAGGAGGCUUAUUAUUUAACGCUAUUUGCUUUGCUACUCUUGAGACUUUUUCAAUAAGAUUAUUUUAAAAUGUUUUUAAAUUGAAGUCAGUUUAGUUAAUUUAUUUUUCUUUAAAUCUGGUGUCAAAUGAUCAUCAACAUACGUUGGGUAGAAAUUUUCCAUUUCCGUGGUGCAACAGAGUUGGAGACUUUAUCCAAAUGGCUUAUAUAGUCUACAUUUUGCAAGUUAAUUACUUUCUCCCUUCUACUCACUGUAAUUAAAGCGGCACUGUCACCGUCUGGGUACUUUGCAGAAUUUGCAAAGAUCCCCGAUGGUGACAUCGCUGCUGGCAAAGACGAAUUUUACUUGACACUUCUAGACGGCGGUAGCUUCGCCCAGUGUCUACAAGUGUUGGGCGAUGGAAAAAUACAGAGAAAAAGUAGUCCCUACUUUGUCUCAGUAUAUCUCUUGACUGGGUUGGAAUUUCAGUAAUAUUCCAACCUAGUCAAUAUGAGUAUGAAAUACAAAUUCUUCAGUGGGGGGCUGGGGUAGCAGUGCUGCUUUAAAUCUUUGUUUCUUGUUUGUUAAUAAACACUUUAUGAAAGAACUGUAAUUUCCCAGAAUUUCUUUAAUAUUAUGUUUAAUUAUCCCUACAUUUAACAAAUGUGUAAUUAUGAGGUGUGAACAAUAAAGUUAAAUGUAGAAGUCAACACCUUUUAAUUCUGCAAUUUCCAUUUUAGCUCCCUGUCAAUUAUUGUUAUACGCUGUAUUGCCAACCAGAAUAGAGUAAGCACAAAGAGUAGAGAAAGUAGGGAAGUGUUUCUAUUUAGCCUCUUCAUUUGCAAUGCUUGCCCUGGCUUUGUCUUGUCUGUCCUGGAUUACGAUGUCCUUUGCUAAAUCUUGUCUUAAUUUAUCUUAUAAAAAUAUACAUUAUUAAAAAAAACUGAACCUCUUGUGGGGGAAAAUGGUAGCACAAGUUACAGGUAAUUUCCGAUUUUUAUUCAGUGGUGUAAAUUCCAGAAGAGAUGGUCCUUUUGUAGGCUGGAAUCUUUUAAAAUUACUUUAUAACUUGUCUCUCCAGGUGAGGAAAGCGCCUACCUCUCAUAGUCGCAUCGCUAAAUCUUUGGGGCUCUGCGCACCAUCUCGUGGUGCUACAUUACCUCGUGUACAUCGGCCCAUGGAACUGACAUUGGGGUCAAUGAGACAGGAUAUCGGAGCUGCCACCCUCUCAGUGUUUGGGAGCGCUAAUGACUUGGAUCUAUUUGACGGGUAAAAAAUGUUAACUUGUUUGCUAAGUUAACUUUAAGACCGUGCAUCAGUACUUAUUGCACAUUUAAAUCCCCAAAAACGUUUGGUCAGUCACAGCCCGGGGAGGUGUGCCUGGGGCUGCAUAAACAAACCAAACUGAUUAAACUCCUAAAUGGCUGUGAAUUGAGCAGUGAAACUUCAGAGGCAUUAUCUAUUCACAAAAACUGCUUCAUUAAACAAAAGUUGUUUUGAUGACUAUAGUGUCCCUUUAAUAGAAUGAAUUUGUCAAGGAUGGGAUUUCAUAGCGGCAGCUGAUUCGUUUUACUUUGCUAACACAUGACUGCUGGAUAUCGCUAUUUCAAAUAUAGCAAUAAGAAGUGUUUGUGCUUUCUGUGCUCUGAAAUCUGUAUCCAUUUUGACACUUUUACCUUGCAGCAGUGAUGACCAUGGAAGCAACCCCACAUCUCCACUAAAUGCCAAGCGCAGGAUUCUUUCACGUUCUGCAUUGAGAUCACACCAGCCGGUUGCUCGACCCAUCUCGUUGGGCCUGUCCCGGUAUGUUUGCAUGCUCUCGGAUGUCCUGAAAGUUUCUAAACACAGGUUGCAUGCAGCUUUUGUGCAUGUGUAUACAUAAUCAUACAUAUACUCGUACUCUAUUACAAAGAACAAAACUGUAAUACAUCAUUGCAGAACAGCCUUUUGGCAGGGCUGUAAUCUGAGCUUUUAUCUCAUUGCGACAGGGAUUGAUACCCAUAUGCUAGCUAGUCUGCCAGUUCAGUGCUCACACGGAGUGUUUGUUUAUACUGGAGAUAUAACAAACAAGUGUUACUCAACAGCCACUCACCCAGUAUAGAAGUAUUGGUAAUAAUAAUGGCAGACGCAAAUAGAGAUGAUGUUGCCCAGUCUUUUGUGUAUAAUUAUUCCCCACAGUGUAUGGUGUCAUUUGAGCCAUGUAUGAUGCAGGCAUUCCACACCAGGCAGUACAGGAUUUAAAAACCUUGUCUGUCAUUGAAAUUUCGAUCGGCAGAUCAUGUAAUAUUUAGCAUGAUAGCAGAAUAUGCUUUUGCGGUUCAGGCUUUUUUUUUUUUUGUCAUAAUUCUCACUGGGUAGAAAUUUUAAACUUGCACGGAGAAAGUAAUCCAAAGAUUCCAAGACACCAGUGAUAAAUUGUGGCAUUUUCUUUUUUUGUUGCUCGUGUGGCAUAUAUCACAUUUUGAUUAAAUCUUGAAUUAAUAAUGCUUGGUUGUCUUAUCUAGCGGUGGCGUGGCUCCUCUUGUUAGUGACUCGGUGGCGGUUGCAGAACCUGUGCCUGAUCUACUGGGAAGUAUCUUGUCUGGGCAAAGCAUGCUAAUGAUGAAGAGCUCAGACAUUGUCAUCAGUCGUGAUGGUUCAUUAUCAGCUAAGAAGAAAGGUAUGUAAGCACUACUUCAUUAAAUCCUUCUGCUCUUGACCUUGUUCGGCUUGCAGACAUCUUUUUUUCUGUAGAUGUCUGUUUAAAUAGAGCUAUCUUUUUAUGUUCACAUGACUAGGCAGUUUAAAGAAAUAGCUGUAAAGCCCCUCCUGACGAUGGUCAGGCAGGAGCUCCUCUUAGGUCCCCCAAGCUAAACCUUGCAAUGUUCUGCCAGGAAUUCCAAAGCAAUUCCUAAUUUUCGGCUAUAAUAGCUGAAUUAAAAACAUAACUAACAUGGAGAUUGUUUUUCCAUUUCAGCUAUUUAGGCCUAAAAUUUGGAUUCUUGACUAAUCAUACUUUUUUGAAGAAAAAUGCAAGAUUUUUUUUUUUAGAAACUCGUUGGUCCCCAAAGGAAAAACACCAAUACAUUUUGUCCUGUACACAAAAUUCUUUAAGAAAUUCCUCUGAACGCUUUCCUUAAAAUUUUACUUGUCUUCACCAUUUCAAAAUUUAAUGGGACGAGAUGAGACAAGGAAACAUGGAGAGGUAAAAAGGUUGACUUGUAAAAUAUCUGUGUACACAUAUGUACCAGCUCUCCACACACACGUGCCACCUAAACGCCACAUAUGUCUGCACUCAUACACUUACUGGCCUUCCACAUGGGCAUCCUGGCAUUCUCACACACACUUUCUCUCUGAUGCUACAAGCUAUGGACCAAGUGGUAAUCAAAGACAAAAUGUUCUUCGUGUGCAUUUUUUUUUUUUUUAACAUAAAAGGGCUUCAUUCCAAAAUUUGUGGGCCUAACUAUAAGAACUUAUUUUUUUUACUUUAAUUUACUCCAAGAGUUAAUGCUGCAAUAGCACCUUUGUGCCCCAAAUGUUUAAAUCAUUUUAAGAAAACUACACAACCCAGCAAAAGCUAAGAAGAACAGAACAAGUCCAUUACAAUUUUCUUCCCAUCUUUAGAAGCAAACCAUAUGCCCAAAGCAAACUAACGGCAGAUAGAACUAAUGCUGUAUUCUAUCUGGACUCCAGCUACUUCUGUGUCCGCUUCUGAAAACACAAAAUUAAAAAAGCCACAUGCCCAAAACAAACUCAAAGCAGAUGGAACUAAUAUCGUCUUCUGUCUGGUAGCAAAUUUUUUGAUACAGAUACAGAUGCACAUCCUUUAUACCUCCAAACUCUGCAAAUGUAUUUUGAAUGUCUGUCUUCCUCUGUGGCUUCUUCAUGGACACCAUUCAAAAAUAGAAUCUAGCCUUCUACAGAUCUUUGUGGGCCUGGUUCAUCUCCAUCCUGUUCAACGCUGUCAUAAAACUCUCUGAUUCUGGCCCUUGAACCUUCCCCAGCACCAAAUCCUUUUUUUUUUUUUCUUGACUUUCUUCUUUAAUUUGUGAAUGCUCCUAUCGCCAUCCUCAUCCAUGGCAAAGUCCUCCCCACUGGCAAUGUGAACAUCCAGAACGUCCGCCAUAGUCUCUGAGCCAAAUUACUCAUGUACAUUUUUGAUGACAAGCAGCUUUUGUUUGACAUGAAGGUUUACUACUUAACAUUCUGAGUCCUGAGUAUAUUUUUUAUAUUCUCAUUUACUUGCUUAUAACAAACAAAAAUAUAUAUUUUCCUUAAAAUUUAAGCUUUUGGAAAUUGUUAAUAGGUCACUGCUACAAAAAACACAUGCUGCUGGAAUUCUGCUUGAAAAACACAUGGCGAAUUGUAAGUUAAAGUAAGGCGUCAUAUAUGUACAGUAUUUGUGUUUUGGGAUCAUUUCCUUUUUUUUUUGGUUAAUUGGACAUAGCAACCACAUCAUAGUGUACACAGUAUAUGCUUGGCUUCCAUCCAUAUUCUCUGUAUAGUAAAAGUUAGAUGAAACGUGGUAUUUCAGCCUGUGAUCUCAUUUAUCAAAAAGUAGAGAAAUCCACCACCAGCAGAACACUUGGGUUUUAGCCCUUCCAGAUGUGGAAACAGCAAGCAUGUCAAAAAUUGGAGACUAGCACGGGCCAAGGUUUAAGCCGCAAAAAAACAAAAACCUAAAUUUUCAUAGAAACGUAGGUUUAUUUUGAAAAGUACAGUAUAAAAAAAAAAACAGCAUCCCCCUCUACUGAACCCCAGCACACCCCUCUACUAAAUCUCUGCCCCCUCUCUAAUAAAUCUGUCCCUCCUCCUCUACUAAAUCCCAGCACCCCCCUCUACUAUACCCCUGCCUCUGUUUAAUUUUUAUUUUUUUUAAAUUAGCCAACAAGCAGAUUCCAUUCAUAUUACCACUGCCAGUAUGUGACUCUGGAGUCUGGCUUCUGCUAUACCCGCAAUGGCACCGUCCGCACCCUGUGCCAAAGCAGAUCCUCUUGCUACUCCUUGAAACCCUGUGAAGGUGGAGCACAUUAAUGUGGCGUUGCGUGCCUCGGUGCACCUCCCGCUCCUGCACUGACCGACACACACGCACACUCACUGACAGACACACAUACUCACUCAUUGACAUAUACACACAUUUACACAUUCUUGCACACACAAAUAAUUUUAUUUAUUGCUGAUUGCUACCUACCUUUGCGAGCUGGUGUGGGGCCUCUCCACAGAGUGUGCGUAUAUAAUGCAGAGUGUGUGUUUGUAUGAGUGUGUGUGUAUAUAAUGCAGAGUGUGUGUUUGUAUGAGUGUGUGUGUAUAUAAUGCAGAGUGUGUGUUUGUAUCAGUGUGUGUGUAUAUAAUGCAGAGUGUGUGUUUGUAUCAGUGUGUGUGUAUAUAAUGCAGAGUGUGUGUUUGUAUGAGUGUGUGUGUGUUUAAUGCAGAGUGUGUCUUUAAUGCAGAGUGUGUGUUUGUAUGAGUUUGUGUAUAUAAAGCAGUGUGUGUGUGUUUGUAUGAGUGUGUGUAUAUAAGGCAGAGUGUGUGUUUUGUAUGAGUGUGUGUGUGUAUAUAAGGCAGAGUGUGUGUGCACUGGGUGGGGGGAGGGCAUUUUUAUUUUAAUUUAAAUUUUUUAAUUUUAAUAAUUCUUUUUAAUUUUAGUAUUAUUUUUUUAUUUUAUUUAAAAAAUAAUAAUUUUAAGAUUUUAAUUUUAUUUUAAUAAUAUUUUUUUUUAUUAUUGAAUUUAUUUUUUUGUCCCCCCUCCCUUCUUGAUACAUGGGAGGGGAGCUCUCAUUCCCUGGUGGUCCAGUGGAUGGGCUGUGUAGGAGGGGGGCUGGCAGCAAGCUGUAACUUACCCUUCCUGCAGCUCCUGUCAGCUCCCUUCUCCUGCAUUCCAGUCAGCUCCACUGUAAGUCUCGCGGUCUGAGUGCCGCGCGGAGCUUACCGUGGCAACGCUCAGACGCCGCAGCUCUCGCGAGAUUUACAGUGGAAGAGAAGGGAGCUGAUCGGAACGGAGGAGAAGGGAGCUGACAGGAGCUGCUGUAAAGGUAAGUAACAGCUCGCUGCCGGCCCCCAACGGGACCGCCAGGCUUGUAAUGAGCCCGGCGGUCCUGGUCUGUAUUAUGGCUAUGUAACUUGCCAUAAUACAGACAUUGACUCGAGUAUAAGUCGAGUGGGGGUUUUUCAGCACAAAAAAUGUGUACUUACAAAAAAAACUUAUACUCCAGUAUAUACGGUAAUUCCCAUUCUAUGUAACAUUUGCAAUCUUUAAUUAUAAAAUCCUAAUUAUUUUACCUGAUAAAGGCUUUAAGAGUAUUUUGUCACCAUCUUCAGCCUAAAAUGAGCACUGCAGUCUAUUUUAUUGUAUUGAGACAUUUUUACAGGGUGAGCCAAAAUGUAGAGUAGGGUUUGAUGUUCCAUACAAUGAAUGCUUAAUAAAACAAAUACAAAAAUUAGGUGCUCACAAAAUUCUAUAAAGAGGCAGCAAAUCUUACAAGGAUUCCCCAAUCUUGUGACAAUAUAGAGAUCAAACAAUAAAUAGACUGCACCUUAAAAACAAAUAACCUCUAUAUAUGAUCACACGGCAAAAAAGGUAAAUAAAUGUAUCUGGUAAAUAUGUUCGCUUUACAAUGUAUCCAAGGUAUCUCCGAGGGUAAAAAAGAAAAACCGAACACAGAAAUAGUGUAAUAUGUUUAACAAGAAACUAAAAUAUAAUAGUGUAACAUUGGUACACUCACACUUUAUAGAGCUACUGAGAGCAGCGUGGAUGGUGGAUUACAGGUAUAUACCUUUUGCCAUGUGAUCACAUCUAGAGGUUAUUCGUUUUUAAGGCGCAAUGAAUGCUUAAUGUAUGAAGAUUUGUUUGACUAGGAUCAGAAGAUGACAUCUUUUAAAUGAGCUCUAUUUGCCGCCUUGCAUAGACAGACUCUUUCGAUUGCAUUAUUCAUAAAAUAUCUCCACAGAUUCUCAUUGAACUGCUUAAAUGUGGAUGUUUUUUUCACGUACACCUGCUCCUUCAGAAGUUCCCAAAGGAAGUAAUCAGGAGCUGACAGGUUGGGCGAACGUGACAGCCAAUUAAUCUGGAAAUAUCUUGAAAUUAUCCGCCUGCCAUACAGUUCUCAGGAGGUCAAUUGCAUGCGCAGUAGCCCCAUCCUGUUGAAAACACAUUUCAGGAUAAUUUUCCACUACAGGACUUAAACAUUUUUCAAUCAUAUCCCGAUAUCUCACACUUAUAAAAUUGUUUGGAUCCAAUUGUUCAAAUUUAGGUUUAGUUUAGAUAAAUUUUUAGGGUUUUUAAAAUAUUCAAUAAACGUGAAGUUGUAGUUAUCGUUUCACAUGUGUCCAUUCUCUACUGCUAUUGUAGUGUUUGUGUUUAUGCCCCUUUUUUUCUCGAUGGUAGAGCUAUCCGAACAUAAGGUAGAGCUAUCCGAACUAGAUUGUUCAGUCUAGAUUACUGUCUCCAUUUAUAAAAGUCAAAACUGCUGUAUACUUAGUUGAUCUAAAAUCUAUAAAUCUGUAAAAGUAAAGUCAAUGUAAAACACUACUACUGAAGCUUUUUUUUUUUUAUUUUUUUAUUUUUUUUUUAUUCAUUUUAUUUAUACUCUUCUUUAGCUGAAGCAAAAAUGCAAAGAAAUUCUUCAAAGCAAGAAGAUACAAUGGAAGGCCAGAAAGAAAUUACCCCUUCUCACUCAGGAUCAUCUACCACUUCCUCAUCAGAUACUUGGAAGCCCAUUGAACAGCAUCCACAGUUAAAGUUGACUUCAUCUGGUCUUUAUUCCUUGUCACCAUCACCUUCCCCUCCUCCAGCAUCCUCUGCCAUGGGUUUAGAAAGAGUACCUCUGCCCUCUUCUUCAUUGCCUGGGACAUCUGCAUUCAGACUGAAGAAUGCCUUUACUCCAAGAGCUGUGCAGGUGCAGUCUUCUGCUGCUCGUUUGGCUUCAAAGCAUGUAGAACCUAUCCGUUUCAAUGGAACUGUACAUAAGACUGAACCUCCCAGUCCCAGUGAUCAUUUGCCACUAAAAAGGCUAGAUAUCAAAUUUUCAAUAAAGUCACCUGCAAAGAGGUUGGAGAUUUCAGAACUUCCCAGGAUACCAAAGAUCAAAAAAGAGACAGGCAGUAGUUCACAUGAAGAAGAUAGCAAGCAUCUGCUGUCCUCAGAAAGCACAAGCUCAAAUGUUAGCCUUCCCAGUGCUUGUGUCAAUCAGUUAACGGGUCGAGGGGACAAUCAUCAGUUGGGAAGGCUCAACACUACAGAAAGCAAAAUGAAAAGCUCCCGACAGGAGACACAUGAACAGCCUCAAAAACAAAGUGGGGGAGUAUCUUCUAGCCAUACAAGUUCAACCAGUAGCUCAAGAAGUGUGGGAUCGAUUGAGGUGGGAGGAGGUGGUCUCCGGAUAACAAUCAGUCGUAGCUCGGGCAACACCUGUAGACAGUUCAGUCCCAGUUCACGGGAUCCCUUCCGUUCCACUGAUGGUAAAAUAGAACAAAAAAAUACACCCCAUCAAUCAGCAACCUCUUCAAAAAGGGAUAAACCUGUUAAAAAUGAAAUUUAUGACCCUUUCGAUCCAACAGGCUCCGAUUCAGGUUCAAAAGACAGUAGCCCAGAACGACCAGGGCCUUCUUCUGUGCCAUCUAAUAUGCCAACCUCUACACCAUCAUCCACAUCACCAGUGACUCAAAAUACUGCACCGUCCAGUGGUGUCAAAGUAGGAGCAUUUAGAAGCUUCAGAUUCCUUACCACCCACUCAAACAAAAUUAGUGUCUCUAAACUUGGUCCUGACUUCUCUGAUAUGUCUCCCAGCAGCAAAGAGCAUAGUGUACCUGAAAAAGCCGGGGACUUGAGUCCUGUGUUGCCUUCUUAUAUAAAGGUGGAAAAAGAGAUCAAACAGGAAAUUGACGAAGAAGAAAACAACGAGAAGGUACCUUUCAAAAUCUCUUGCCCACUUUCUGGUUUGAAAAUUACUUCUGAUCUGAAACCUGGUGGUGUUCGUGGUUUUCACUUUGAUUCAAAAGAGGAGAACCGUGUUUCUAUAAAACCUGAUCCCGAACCUCUGCCGAACAGAGUUAUUCAUCAGAGUAACAGAGUGGUUUGGGAAUUGGAAUCUCCCACACGUUCCCUCUCUUUGUCCACUGGUCAUAAUAUGGAUCUAUUGAAAAUGAAAACCACUAUUAAGGAAGAGCCAAUAGAUUGUUUAAGGUCUAGAUCUGGAACACGGUCUCAAGACAGAGAAUCAAGAUCAGCCUCUUGGUCCUCAGAGGAGGAAAGAAGAGAAAAAUCCAAAUCAAAAACUCACAAAGGAAAAAGAGCACGUAGCGAUAGGUCCAGCUCAGGCAGCUGUGAGCGUUCCAAGAAAAAACGUCAAAAGGAGAAAAAAAAGGAGAAGAAAAGAAAAAACUCUGAAUCCAAGGAGAGGAAGCGGUCAAGGUCAAGCAGUCGAAGCAGUUCUUCACACAGAGCUUACAACAGUAAGAAAAAGAAGAAAAAGAAGCGCGAGUCCAGAGGUCAAUCUGUUAGCCCUGAAAGGGAUAAGAAGAGGAAGCACAAGGGUGAGAAGAACUAUUACAACAAAGAAGGGGGCUUCAGGGUAAAGGAAAAAAAGAAACCCAAGGAAGAAAGAGGGAAGCAAAGAUCAAAGUCGCCACAAAUGGCAAAGGAGCACAAGGCUCAUCGAUCAAAAGACAAAAAACAUUUAAAAGAAAGGGAGUCUUAUGAAGAAACUUUUCUGGCCCCAGAUGGAGAUGAAAGGCCUAUCACUUGUACUGUUACUGUUAAAACAGAAUUCCACACAGACAAGGAAGAGACAAGGAAGCCUACAAUAGUUUCACCCAAAGAGGAUGUAGAAAGAGACUUCUAUCCUGUUUUUGAAAAAGAGAUAUCAGUUGAUAUUCCCGUUGUGAAAGAGGAAAAAGAUGUUGAGUUCUCUAGUAAUGAUGAUGUAGAUAAGAUGGAAACAAGUAGCCCACCAUGGUCGCCAUCUCUCCUGGAUUCCAUAUUUCCUGAAGACAAAAGGGGUGAUGCCCAAGAGACACAAUUGAAAGAGGAAAUUCCUCUCUUAAAUGAGUUGCCACUUAAGGCAGAGGUUGUUAGUCCACAAGUCUCUCCAUUAUCAUCAGACAGUGAACCUCCAGUUCCUAAACCCCACAGCCCGCAUUCCAGCCUGGAAACCAUCCAGCUAGUUAGCCAACCCCCUGUCAAAACAGAGCCUGAUGAUAUGCAGUGGUCACCAUCUCACUUGGAUGAUUUUCUUCUUACUGAGCUUUCAGAUGACGUGUGCUCAGCAGGAGCAGCUAGCCCAGAUGAUGUGGACCUUGAAGAAGCCAUCUUGAUGAAACGAGAAGGCGACUAUAAGGUAAAUGAUUUGACAAAGCAACGGUGUAAGGCAGAAGCGCUAGUGUAAGAGAGGUUGUGAUUGAAUCUGCAGUUUUUGUGUUUGUAUUGUUGCUCCCCAUAAGCAAAUGUAAUAGCAGUGUUUAACAUACAGUUUAAGGAAUUGCAUUUAAAUUUUUCGGGAAGAUAAUAAAUUUAGAUAGAGCUCCACUUUAAGUUUUUCUACAAGCACAAUAACCACUAUAGCCUGCUAUAGUGGUUAUGAUUUCUGGAGUACCCUGGCAUGGUUUACCAGUAAGCAUGCAAACCGUUUUGUAACAAUUUGCCUCUUACCUGGAUACCCCUCAGUCUCAGCCUCUUGUUCCUAUUGAACCUGCCAUUCAUUCAUUGGCUGGGAGCUCCUACUGAGUGCCCUCAGCUAAUGAAAGAACCUAUGUGCAAAGGAUAUCCUCUAGCGGCAAUACAAAAUAUCUCCAUAUGUACAGUGUUUCAUACUGAAAAGCUGCACAUAUAGGGUCAUUGUGCCAUGACCACUCCAAAACACUGAAGUCAUGAUGCUUGGAGUAACUCGUUAAAUGAUUGCAGCCUUACACAAUGUAUACCUUUCUGACAUCCCAGCACAACAUGAUGUGGAUAUUCUAUAUGUCACAAAUCACAUUUAGAGGGUCAAGGAUUUUGUUCACCUAGAUAUUGAUAGAUUAAUGAGAUAAUGUUCAUGAGCAUAAACUUCUAGAGUUAAGUUCUUGGAUUUUGAUGUGCAGUCUAUAUUCAAGAACAUUUUCUUUUUCUUUUAGGAAACUCCCUUAGUAAGUUUUUCCAAAAAGCAAGUGAUCCCCUUCUUACAGGAUGAAGGAGCUUCUGGCGAUGAAGAGGCAGGAAAUCACAUUAAUGAGGCCACCACAACAAAUAGUUUUCCACAAACAGGAGCAAACAUAAGUCUGAGCCCAUCCAAAACAGACAUUGAGACACUUUUGUGUAAAUCCAAAACUCAGAUCAAGAGAGUCUCGUGGAACCUUCAUAGUAAAGAUGCAGUGAGUUGCACAAAAGAAACGUCCUCAAGUAAGUAUAAAUGCAUUCAUAGUUUGCUGUAUUCCAAACUGUUAACAUAGAGCAAAGUUACAAAUCUCGAUUUAUCAACAUGUUCAUGGCUGCCAAUAAGCUGGUAAGAAUGUUGAUGCUGCCAUAACCUUACUGUUACAUUUACCAUUUUCAUGUCAGUCAAUGUAAGCUAUGCUUUAUGCUAAAUACUCACAUGAUUAUUCACUAAAGUUUGAAUUUUCGUGAAUUACAUUUGGAUGGAAAAAACUGAAGCAAAAAUUAUCGGGGAAAAAGAUUUCCAACUCUGCUGUGGUCACAACUUGACUAUUUUUGAGUAAGGUUUUUUUUCCACUCAGAAUGAAUUUUCGAAAAACUCAAAGUUUAGUAACCGUCACAAAUUUAAGAUUACAUUACUACUGGAAAGGAGUUCAGACACUUUAAUGUCACGAUUAAAAAAUUUGGCAAAUUCAACAUCUCAGAUGACUUGGAAACAUGUUUUGUACAAAUAAACGAUACAUCAAAACAUUUUGAAGUGUUGAACACCUCCCCUGACUUGAUGACACGCACAGGCAAUAUUAAUUAAUAUUUAGAUGAAUUAACAGUAGGUGUGAUAAAUAAGGUUAUCAAUUUUGCCAUGUUAUAGUGUAGUUAGUGUUUUUGUCCUUUUUAAUUAACAUUAAAAAAGGAAAAUAAACACUGUAACUACACUAUAACAUAGCAAAAUUGAUAACUUAAUAAUUGCCCAUGUGGAUAAUACCUGAAAUGUCUGUUUAGAGGUAAUGUAAGGAAACACACGCAUUUCAACCUGUGAUGUAGCUGAUGUAACUUGCAAUGCGUGUUUUAUUAAUCUCACAAUAUGGCUUAACAUAGCAAGAUUAAUUGUGAAACCUUGGUUUUGGUCUGAUUUUUAAGAUAAGAACGUUUUCUGACUUUGGUAUUACUGGCAAAAAAAUGGAUUGUGAAAUUUGAAUGUUAAAUAGAUUGAUUGAAGUCUUGCUUAGAAUCACUGUCACCUAUGCCAGAUUUUAUUGUAUGCCCUAAUGUUUAAUCUUGACCUAUGUGAUGAUAAAGCACAUGCAAUGACUGCUGUUUCAGUAAAUACGACUUUAUAAAAAUGUGUUAUUCUGAUCAUGUGAGGUGAGCAUUUUGUAUCUAAACAGAAAAUGAGCCUUUCUGCACGAAGCUUUUAAAGGCACCCACACCAUUUCAGCUCAUUGAAGUGGUCUGGGUUCAGUGUCCCAGGUCCCUUAAUCCUAUAAAGCGAAUUAUUGCAGUUUUUAAGAAACUGCAAUAAUUACUUUGCAGAAUUAACCCCACCUCUAUCGGCUGUCUACCACGAACUUCUGUGAUGUUAGGUGACUUUUGGUCACCUAACAAUCACUGGACGUCCUCACGGAAUUCAUGGAGAAGACCAGCGUUACCCAAAACCCCAUAGGAAAGCAUCGUAUAAUGCUUUCCUAUGGGGGAAAUCCUAAUGUGAGCGCAACCAUUGCCGCGCAUGUACAUUAAGUCUCAAGUGCCGGCUGACGGUGGAGGAGCGAAGGCGGACCCAAGUGCACUGGACCCAGGUAAGUGACAGAAGGGAGAGAGUUUGUUUUCCUGGCAUUAUAGUUUCCCUUUAAGCAUUAAUUGUCUGGCUAAAGGUAAAAUAAGUUAGCACAUAACUCCCUUUCCUGGGAUAUAUAUGCCCUAUGGGCCUCCUAUACUAAUGUAGAAACACCUGUGAUAUUAUUGUACAUGUGCAUAUUUUUACAUGAGUUUAAGUGCAUUGUAUGUCACAAAUGCUGGUACUUGUAAACUAGUCCAACAAUAUGUAUAGUUAAUUGGUACACUCCAUAAAGCUAAAUUUUGAUUCACAACAACAAUAUUUUUACUGUACUAUAAUACAGGGUUAUUCAAUAAAAUGAGAUAAAAGUAAAUUUAAAAUUUAUGGCCAGAGUAACCGAACUGAAGGCAUAGCUGAGAAUUUCUUCCAAUUCAGCUAUUUUGACUUUAAAUUUGAAACUCACCUAGGAUUAUUUACUAAAGUAAGAAUACAAAUAGUGUUUCCAAUUAGACUAUGAUUUCACCAUUUUAAAUCAAGUAUCAAAACACAUUUAACUUUUAGAUUGUAAGCUUGUUUGGGCCGGCCCCUCUUCACCUACUGUUACAGUAUACGUUGAGCACUUAACACAACCCAAUUUAUUAUGUGGAUGAUUCUAAAAAUAGUUUGUCUUUUUCUGUGUAAGGUGUUCUACUCCUUAAGCCUGAGCAAAUAAAAGAGGAGCCAAGGCCUGAUUCACCCAAACAAUCUGAAACCGGGUCUGCAUUUUCAGCAGAUUCCCCAUCUGAUAUUUUCAGUACUCGUCCGUGGAAUCUCCCAGACACUUCCAUCCGGGAUUCCCUGCAACAGGUGUCCAAUCAAAUAUCAUGGAAUUCUGUGAACAAACCUGUCAAAGAGACCAGUCGAUUGCCUUGGAUUGCAACAGAGACUCCUGUUCAGGUGCUGUAGCUUUUUAGCUUUGAAUAACUGAUAAAACUUGUGCUUCUUUAUUUAUUCAUGUCUUAUUUUGCGCUGAAUUUUGCACACAGUCAUUAGCCCAUUCUGCUCUUCCUGUAAAAAAAACAUACAUUCUGUUGCCUACCUAAUAAUCACAAUGGCGGGAAUGUAGCCUAUGCAUUUAUCUUUAAAAUGUAACUACCCUAUGCUAAUUUUAAAUCGCGGUCUCUUUCCUUUCUGCUUCUGUAUCAGUACAGUGUGGGCACAAGCCUGGGUGACAGCUUGAGCACAGACCUGGGUGACAGCUUGAGCACAGACCUGGGUGACAGCGUGAGCAUAGACCUGGGUGACAGCGUGAGCAUAGACCUGGGUGACAGCGUGAGCACAGACCUGGGUGACAGCGUGAGCACAGACCUGGGUGACAGCGUGAGCACAGACCUGGGUGACAGCGUGAGCACAGACCUGGGUGACAGUUAGCGUGGACAUUGACCUGGGUGACAGUUAGCGUGGACAUUGACCUGGGUGACAGCUGGAAUGGAAGACACACAGCUGUCUUCCAUUCCAGCUGUGUGGGAAUAUAAUUUAAAUAGCUUUUGGGAAGUGGUACACCGAAAGAGCUUCAUUCAUCCUUGUAUGGGUUAUAAGAAAUAUUUUUAUGCAUUUAAUCUCUCUGAAGGGCCUUGCAAUUUCAAGACAGUUUGCAGUUCUAGCAAGAGUCAAGUGAAAAAAGUUGCUUGACCUGUUUGAAAUCAAAGCUUUGUACUUACUACUUGUUUUGCGUCCGUUUAGGAUAAAGCUGACAAUAUUCAGAUUGGAAUAAGCCAAGAAUAGCCCAAAUCAUUCUGGAGAAUUAAUUCCAUAAUUGUAAUCUGAAUAUGUUCUUAAUUAGAAACUUUGCAGUCUCUUUAAAUAAUUUGAGUUGACACUAUAGGCAUCAAAACAACUUUAGCAUAAUGAAGUAGUUUUAGUGUAGAUCAUGCUCCUGCAGACUCACUGCUCAAUUGUCUGCCAUUUAGGAGUUAAAUCACUUUUGUUUCUGUUUAUGCAGCCCUUACAUUGCUGUGAUUAACCUGCAUGAAAAAACAAAAUGGUUUCAUUUUCAAUCUGAUGUUAAUUUGCUUUUUUACUUUAUCUCCUGCUCUGUAAAGUGACCUUUAAUCACACACAGGAGGCUCCUGCAGAGUCUACCUGGCUAUUAACAAAGCAGGAAAUAGGUCAUUCUAAAUGAAACACGCUGUGCAAUAAAGGAAGUUUAAACAUGAAAUCUCUUUACAGGAAGUGUUUAGGAAGGCUGUGUAAGUCGCAUGCAAGGAGGUGUGACUAGGGCUGUAUAAACAAAGUGAUUUAAUUCCUGAAUGGCAGAGAAUUGAGCAGUGAUACUGAAGGGGCAUGAUCUAUACACCAAAACUACUUCAUUAAGCUAAAGUUGUUUUGCUGACUAUAGUGUCCCUUUAAGUACAUUUUCCAAAAUGUAACAUCUGAGUUCCUUAUGUACUUUUAUCAGAAUUUUAAUUAAAUACUGCAAGCUCUCUUGUGACAUCUAAACUCUUAGUGAGUUUUAUUAUAUCAUUUAUAAUAUAUAUAUAUUUGGUACAACAGCUUCCACUUCUUAGUUGCAGGCUGUGUUACAAAGCAAGAUGCCAGCUUAGGAUUCAUACCAUAAAAUGCUCACACACAUGUGCAUGUUUUUUUUCUACACCCUAUGCACAGGCUUUCCCACAGACUCUGCCUCCGUUACCUCUCCCGCCAAUCUUUCCUCCCUAUGCCCCUGUCAGUGAGCCGACCAUACCAAGCAUCAUGCAGAGCAGUGGAGCAAUGCUAAGCCAGACCCCAAAGCCUGGCAGCCUAGCUACAGCUAAUGAACCGAAGAUGCAAGUUGCAAGUACAGGUGGGUACCAAUUCCCUUUACUUCUGAUAUUAAAAAUACCAAAAUAAAAUAGACGAUUAUCUAUAAAGCACCCUAUUAAGAUGCAGAUCUGCACCUUCUGCCAGCAGCAGUUAGAGGAAGGGAUUAUUCAGCUUCCCAUUAAUCUUAAAGAUAAUGCUGUGUACAUUCCAUAGGAUCCUGUGUGGGAGGUGUUUAGUGGAUAUGUAUUCUAGUUCUAGUAGUUUCAGAAAUGUAAAAAUUAUAUUGUUUGCAACACAGGCCACCUAUUUCGGUACUAGGUUUAUCAUAGAAAGCUUUGUGGAAUCCUUUACAUAUUACUUAGGAUUUUACAUUUCAGGAAAUGCUAGCAGAAUGCUUGGUUGUAUAGGGAUAGGUAUUAGCAGUAGAAAGAGGGAAGUGCUCAUGCCAUUGUACAAAACACCGGUGAGACCUCACUUGGAGUAUUGUAUCUCCAGUACUGAAAAUCGUAUCUCCAGAAGGAUAUUGAUACUCUAGAGAGAGUUCAGAAAAGGGCUACUAAACUGGUUCAUGGAUUGCAGGAUAAAACUUACCAGGGAAGGUUAAAGGAUCUUAACAUGUAUAGCUUAGAGGAAAGACGAGACAGGGGGGAUAUGAUAGAAACAUUUAAAUACAUAAAGGGAAUCAACACAGUAAAGGAAGAGACUAUAUUUAAAAGAAGAAAAACUACCACAACAAGAGGACAUAGUCUUAAAUUAGAGGGACAAAGGUUUAAAAAUAAUAUCAGGAAGUAUUACUUUACUGAGAGGGUAGUGGGUGCAUGGAAUAGCCUUCCAGCUGAAGUGGUAGAAGUUAACACAGUGAGGGAGUUUAAGCAUGUGUGGGAUAGGCAUAAGGCUAUCCUAACUAUAAGAUAAGGUCAGGGACUAAUGAAAGUUUUUAGAAAAUUGGGCAGACUAGAUGGGCUGAAUGGUACUUAUCUGCUGUCACAUUCUAUGUUUCUAUGGAAUAGAGUGUUUUGCAACAUUUUGAUGAAUUUUUCCCUUUGUAUGUGAGGAAUUCUGUGAUCAAUUAUUGCAGUUUUUUUAAAAUCAUGUUUGUGAUUUAAUCCGUUAUCCUCACAAAAACACUAGUAUAGAGAGUCCUUUUGUCAGAGUUUUUGCUUAAAGCGCUCUGUCACAUUUUCCCAUCAUUUAACUGUAACAACCUUAAUUGGAUGUUAAAGAUUUUAGAUGUAGAAUAGCCACUUUUAGCUAGAACUUUGUUAUAGUUUUACUUUUCCUGCUUUUUUGUUUUCCAUAGGUGAAGGGAAGGCAAAAUCAAAAUCAUCUUUAAAAGGAGAGAAGGUUAAGAAUGACGAGGUAUGAAGGAAUAUGUUUAAACUUACUUUAAAAUAAUCCUCUUGUAGAUGUCGGGCCAUGUAGUUGUGAUAACAUUUAAUAUAAUCUCACACAUGGCUAUGUUCUUUUCUUGUUAUGUUAUUACGUAAUACCUUAUUACGUAAUUGUAUAUUGCACUGUUUUACUUGUUUCUGCUAAGCUAUGGAUUGAAAGUUUUCAUAGAAUGAAUGUUUUCGAUGUCUAUAGCAGGAUCUUUUAGAAAAGUGUCUCUUGUCUGUCUUUCUUCUGAUAUAUUGUACAUUGUCUUUUUUUCUAGUAUAUGAAAAAGCUUCAUAUGCAGGAACGUGCAGUUGAGGAGGUGAAAUUGGCUAUCAAACCAUUCUACCAGAAGCGAGAGAUCACAAAGGACGAAUACAAAGAAAUCCUUCGCAAAGCUGUGCAAAAGGUAGUAGCUGAUCAUUGUGAACAAAGAUCUCAUAAAUCCUCUAAUACACUCAAAUUGCAGGCCCAGAUGCUUUUUUUGGUAGAGGCAAUAAUAAAGACAAACUAAAAUAUAGCCAAACUCUUUACUUGCUCAAAAUAUUCUCUGUGUGUUCUUAAAGAAAUCACUUGUUUUCUGAGCCAAAAACUAGAACAUAAAUUAUUAUUGAUCAGACCAUUUGCUCUCCUUUUAAAGAUGGAUUCAGGUGUAAAACUAAAACGGAUUCAUAUGUAAAAAUGACAGAAUACACAAAUAAGUGUGUGACAAUUUAAAGAGCCAAGAACAGUUCUCAAUCACUGAUUGUAAAAGCUGAUACUUAUCACCAGUGGUGGAUCUUCAGCGAGGCAUAAAAGGCAAUCGCCUGGGGCGGCACAUUCCAAGGGGGCAGCAAAAAAAAUGGUGGUGACAAGCGGUCAUCCUCAGGCUGGUAUUUGUAUUCCCAAGCAGAGCUCGAAAAGGGAAAGGUAGUGAGACUGGGUGCAUUUGCAGCAGGAUAAGCGGUCUCUCUCCUAGAAAGCAGCAGCAGUCAGUCAGCAUGGUAAGCACUUCAGUAACUGCUGCACACCCCUCCAGAUCAUCAGCUAGUGUAGCCUUCCAGUUCCAGCUUGACAGCUGACAUGCCCCCUGACAGACCAUGCGGUUGCUGUCUAUGGCAGCCUCUCCUCCUGGGUCAUGCUAAGUGAUCUGUUGGAAGAAGUAUGGGAAGGCAGGAUCAUAAUAGGUGAGCAGGAUUAAAUUGGUGACCGGUGCAAGGAGCUAUGCUGCAUGUACAUGUAACAUAUUGUCCCAGUGCUGCCCUGACUUUAGGCACCCUGGAACUGCACAUAAUGUCAGUUUGGAUGGAUAUAUAUUUGUUAGUCCUCCCUCCUUUUCCAUUCUAUUAUUCUGUUUAAUUUAUUUGCUCUUUUUAAAAUUUAUUUCCCCAUUAUUUUUUUAUUUAGUUGGUUUGAUUGGUCUUUCACUGUAUGUCUUGACUUUUUUUUUGUUGUUGUUCCAAUUCUUUAAUUUGUUUAAUUACAAGGGAGUUAAUUACCGAACACAAUUGAAAAUAUUUUUUUCUUUAACUCUCCGAGUUACAAAACUGCUCUUCUUAAUCAUUAGUAAUAAUGUUUUCCCUUAUCUUUUUAAUGCUAUUUGUUAAAAUAAGUUGAAUGGAGUAAAUGUAUCCUAGUUUAUACUGUAAUAGAGAAACCAGGUUCAACAAAAAGUUGGGAGCCUUUUAUUUAUAGAAAAAGCUCAUAUUUAUAUAUGCACAGACUAUAAUGCUGUUUUCUAUAAAUAAAAUGCUCCCAUCUAUAUAUACAUAGACUAUACUGAGUAAAUAAUGUCACACUCCUACUUAUACACACACAAAAAUGUAUCUCUCAAUAAAUAAAAUACUCCUAUAUAUAUGUAUACAUGCACACUCCAACCUAUAAACGCACAGACUAUAUGUCUGUUAUCUAUACGUAAAAGGCUCCCAUCUAUAUAUACAUGGUAUAUAUGGCUUUUAUGGUCUAUGGCUGAAUUAAGCUUGCACUUUAAUGUAUUUCAGUCAUAGUGCAAUCUUUAUUGGUUAUCUUACUUUCAUUAGAGUGCAAGCUUUAUUAGCUCUGUAAUGUAAUGUAAUGAAUUACAUUAGAAUGUGAGCUUUAUUGUCCAAAAUAGGUGCUGUCUCUCCUAAAGAGGGAUGCUUGAGAAUUCUGGAAAUUGAUGUGUUCUGAAAGCUAGACCUAACACUUCUACUUUUCCAUGUCCAGCCUGAAUAACUUGUUAGUCGCUUAAUACACCUUUGAUUGUAAAAUUCUCGAAAUGUGUAGGAGUCAAGUGUUUUCCUUACUUCUAACUGUUGGUCUGUGCUAACCAUAUCCUAUCCUGAAAUUAUAAAUACACUAAAUAAUUGCAUUAUUGCACUAAGGAUUCUGUAUGGUCUGGUACUGGAGGAUAUCCAGGGGGUGACAACAUGAGUUACUGCACAGAGUGACACCACUGACCCCCAUUUGUUUUACCUUGUUGUAUGAGUAUUCAUGUGGUUUUAUUCUAUUUAUCUAGAAGUUCUGGGAAUGUGACUGAAAUUUGAUAAGGGAAAUAUUUAGUAUAUAUAUAUUUUUGUUCUUGUUUUGCCUUGUUUGCAUUCUGCAUAAUGUAGAUAUGUGAGGUGUUUGACUUCAUUAAUCAGCUUAACCUUUAUUUUUUUCCCCUACGACAGAUCUGCCACAGCAAAAGUGGAGAAAUUAAUCCAGUGAAAGUAGUCAACUUGGUAAAAGCGUAUGUGGACAGAUACAAACACCUGCGCAAACACAAGAAGUUGGAAUCUGAAGAUGAUCUGUUCACAGGGCGCGAGUCGCCAGUAUGAAGAGUCUUUGUUUGUGGAGGUAGAUGAACUUGGAACUGUGCAGGCUCAGAGAUCCAACCACAGGGUUAUUCUGCAUGGGAAACAACCCACUGCAGUCGUGUCUGAGGACUAAUAAUGUGUACAAGAAGAUGAUGUUCUUCUUUCAAGACACACAAUAUUUUCAUUUUCACCAAUUCUCUCAUGUUGUUUUUUUGGUUUUUUUGAACCCUUCUGAUACAUAUUGCACGCCCAAACACAAAAGAAAGAUUAAUUUUACCUCUUCACAAAGUUUUUGCACACUUGCAAAGGCGUUACAUAUGUGAAAGGUAGGCAGGAAAAAAUGAUUUCACAUCCAAACUGAGAUAAAGGCAGGGACUUUGUGCUAUCCCCCUCCGAGGUCUCAGUCUUACCAAUGCCACCGAAGAAAGAUGACUAAAUAAAUUUGUAUAGAAGGCAUCUGUUGCUGUGUGUCUCAUUGUUGCCAACGGAUGUGAAUAGGAAUGGAACAUCAUAAUUGCAGCAAUGAAAGAACGUUUUCUGGAGGAAAGAUUCCGUCAUUCAACACUGAAAUAUGUUUGAAGAAUGACAAAUUCCAUCUGAUGUUGUAAAGCAAUUUUCAACAGUUUUUUUUUUUUGUUUUUUUUAAUUAUGUUUUAAUUUAUGAAAUUAAUUUCUACGCCAGGUUAUUAGUUUAAGAGUCAGUCCCAUGUUAGGACUAAAGAGAUGGGGUCAAUCGGCUUGAGAAAUAAAGUCAUAUAUUAACUGAUGUUUUAAUGUUUAAGCAAGACUUCACAAUUACAAACUUUACGAAUACGUAACUUUGCAGGUUUUACGGCAUAUACAAAGGGUGAGAUCUAUCACGAUUAACCCCUUAGUGACCAGACCGUUUUUCAGUUUUCUUACCGUUAAGGACCAGGGCUGUUUUUACAUUUCUGCGGUGUUUGUGUUUAGCUGUAAUUUUUCUCUUACUCAUUUACUGUACCCACACAUAUUAUAUACAGUUUGUCUUGCCAUUAAAUGGUCUUUCUAAAAAUA